CUCCUAUUGAGUGUUUGGUCUAAGCAUUGUGGGUGUUGUUCCCUAUUGUUUGUGACACAGUGUGUAUUUUGUGUGUGCCGCUUCGGCCUCCUCCCUCCAAACUUCCUCCUCCUUCCGGUGUGUUGGAUUGGUGCUGCACGGUGUGUCACGGCGGAGGGGGAGGGAAGCUGAUGGCACUGAGGGGAGGAGGUUGAUCAGGAUGACGAGGUGAAAAUGGCGGAUCUUUCGAAAUACAAUCCCGGCCCCUGACAUUCCGGGAGAGUCUGCAGAAAUCUCCAAAGCUCUCUGUGCACCCCUUACAUCGGUGGCCUGGCACCCCCCUACUCCGAUCCCACCACCGCUAGAUUCCCACUGGGCUCACGUCCAUACUGUGUCCCGGCGGGAGACCUGAGCGGGCUAGAUCAGCUGGAUGCAGGGAGCGAUCCCCACCCGGUAUAGUUAAUAGCAUUGUGCGCUGAGGAAGUGCGACAGAACCGCAUCGCAGGCUUGGAGGAGGUGAGAGAAUGCCGUAGCACUGGGAUAUGACAAUUCGUCGUGUUUGGGGAGGGUGAGGGGGGUCACUGACACAGCAAUGAUGAGCUGUCUGCUCCCAGGGCCUCCCACUGCCUAUCAAUUUUUUUUAUGGAACUGACCACCGAAUGCUUGGAACGUUCUGAAGGUUCGAUCUGCAUUCUAGUGCUUCUUCAGCGUUUCAAGUCAUGGUUGGCAGGAGGAUGGUUUUGUUUACAGAAUCUUUGUUGUAGCCGUUUGUUUCAUACGUUGCUUAUACGUUGGGGUCAGCGAUAUAGAGAAGAAAAAAACCCCAACAACAAUAUGUAUGUCAGCUUACCCUCUAAAAUUGAUUUGUGCAGUUCUUCAGUUGAAUGUGAUUUGUUGUUUGGAAACUUGUUAGAGGCAGCUAGGCAAUACUGACAAUCCAGUUUAUUUAUGAUUCCCUUUAACAGUUGCUAAUGACACAUUUGCUGACCAAAAUGUAUUGGUGUCAGAAUGACCAAAAGGCAAAUCCUCAGCUGUUGACACUAGUCAUCAAAACAACUACAGCUUAAUGUAGUUGUUCUGGUGUCUACAGCCUGUCCCUGCAAGCAUUUUAAUGUAAACACUACCUUUUUGGAGAAAUGGAGGUGUUUGGACACCUCCAGUGGCAGUCACUGGAGUGUCAUCAGCCAUCCCAGAAUUAGUGUUUUGGUUUUCUUUGCAACUUUCACUGCACAGAAUAUCAGUCAUUGGCUAAGAUUGGUAAGCUGACGUUCUCAGUCAAUGAAUGGCGAUAGCAGUGGCUCUGCAUAAGCAGUCCAGUGAGGACCCAAGUAAGAGGGCAAACUGUUUAGCAAUGGUUUGCUCCAUUAAUGGAAAACUGCACCAGGGUACUCCUGGCAUCAUAACCACUACAGCGGGGUGUAGUGACUAUGAUGAUUGGAGUAACGCUUUAACUCAGAUUUAAAUUUUUUUAUACCAUAAAUGUGCAGUAGUGUGCCCUUUUAAGCCUUUAACCCCUUAAGGACACAUGACAUGUCUGACCUGUCAUGAUUCCCUUUUAUUCCAGAAGUUUGGUCCUUAAGGGGUUAAAAGGCAGCUGUCAUGCCCCAAACAACUUGUGCUAAUUAGAUUGAGCAUUAUAUUUUAUCUAUACAUUGUGCAAGCAGUUCUGCUAUCUAUUGUAUAGAUUAGGAGAAAACCCCAUUUUAAAAUGUUUUGUUUUUUUUUUCCUCCCAGCUGUCAGGCACCGAUUCACAAAGGAGGGCAAUAAAGACCACUCACAGGAGGUCCCUCUGCUGUCCUCCCACAUAGCAUCGUGGAUGCUAAAGUAACUUCCUAGCUGGCACUUCUAGCACUGGAGUGAAAUGUCGUCACUCCAUUCCGAUGCCGGCACGCUGGCAAAGAAGCCAGUGUGCCGACGUCACUGAUAAGGUUUGCUGUGCAGGGGGGGUAAAGUCCCCAACAGAGCAAAUCAAAGAACAGAGGCGGCCUUGAAGUGGGUAUUACAGAACAGAGUAGGCUCCUUGCUGCAGCUAGAUCAAUCAUCUAUAAAGUCAUCAAUAUGUAUUACUUUUUCAAUCAAAUGCUUUCUAGAGAAACAACUAGACAUAUGGCACAUAUUUACGACAAACAAUGCAGUCUGCCAAUCCAAUGCUUCUCAUAGAGAAGUACUGGACAGAAACCCUGUGUCAGCAUAAUUUAAAUGUUUAAGUUAGACGUAGAAUAGAUUGUUAUUGCAUUUAUUUUAGCCAGAAGCUCUUAGCGGCUGUUGAAAUAUCAACCACUAGAUGAGAGAAAAUUGCAAAAUGUAAACUGUGCUGUUUAUCGGAAAUGGCACUAUUUUCAUAUGCAAGACUGUAGUCGAAACAUCUAUAUCCCAUGGAGUGAUUUGGUGCUUACAGCAGCACUCAUAAUUUCCACUCACUACUAGCCAUUGACAAGUCAAAAUUGAGCCCUGGAGAGUAGAAUUCAUGAUGAGUAUGCUGUGGUAAGUCAUUUUAAAAGCCUAACAAGUAGUGCUUAUAGUGUUACUUUUGAAUUCAUGGCCUACCUGUAAGACUAUUUAUAGAAACAGACAGGUGUUUCCUACUAUGUUUAUGAAAAGGAUAAUUUUUUGAUUUUUAAUGAAUUUGAAACUUGUGUUAAAUUAUGCAAAACGUGAUAGAAUAUAUCAUAAACAAAACACUAAUAUAGUGUUAUUUUAAUAUGUAAUGCCAACAAAACAUAAGCAUAAAAUGUAAUUGUUUUUCUUAAACAGCCUUUACUACUGUGAAUAAACGGAUAUUAAAUAUGUGUGUAAAUAUGUGUAGUUUAAAUCAUGAGCUGACUAAUGAAGAUUCCUUUGAAUUUUAUUUAUUUCAUUGUACCUCUGGUGCCAUUGUUAUAGACUACUGCAGUUUUAAUUUCAAAUUCUUACUUUGUUUGCAGUUUGCAAUCCCCAUCAUGCUCAGGCAGAUAUUACGCUUGAUAGAAGUUAAGUAUGUAGCAGCUUGAGUGGCAAAUAUUUUAACCUUUUCCUCCAAUUCCCUUGUACACAUUUAAACAAUGCAAUGCUAUUAAAGCAACACCCUACACACCAUAACUACUGCAGCUCUCUGGGGUGGUUAUGGGCCUUGGCACCUCCAGUGUAAGAAAUCAACACCUGUUUUUGAACAGGUUUACUUUUUACCUGGGUUCUGUCAAGUAACAGUUAUGAGCUUGCUGGGCUGAAAUAGUAGCAAUGGCGGCAUAGUCGCAGUGGGUCAGAGUGUCUCCGCCUAGGAUUCCCUUUCCCUGAUUAUAGCUCAUAGUCUAUAGCUUAUUGAGUUAUAGCGGGUUCACCCAAGCACUAGUCGAUACUUAGUGUAGGGUGACACAUAACUGAUUUUAUACCUGCGUCCCAAAAAGGUCGUCACCGGGAGAACAAUAAACAUUGCGACAUAGCUAGUGCCUAGGUGUCUGUACCCAGUCAAGUAAUUAAAUUAGAGGACACCUCAGCUCCAGUUAACAUUUUUUAUAAUAAAAACAGGGUUCCCAAACAAAAGCUUUGAAUGCCCAUUCGGUCUAAAAAGUGCUAGGAUCUUAGGUAUCUAGCCUGAGGUAGCUGGAAGUUAAGUUGUGACCAAGCCGCAACCGUCAUCCUAUCUGGCACAGAGUUCCACAGUACUGGGUGGGAAAUGCUGGUCACUUAGUCAUUGGUAUUGUUUGAUGGCUCUCCACCUCCUCUGUCACCCCUCCAAAUAGAGAGUUGGGUGACUCUGGGACUGAGCGCCCUGGCCAAAGUUUUACCAGACCACGGCAACUCCGCAAUCUGAUUAGGAGUUCCAGAGAGUAUGUUGGUUGCUCCAGGUCAGGCACGCCAUGCCUUUAUGGGUUUCCUGCCAGUCCGUGAUGACUCCUGGGCUUCUGAAUAGGGGUGGUAUUCUGGGAGGCAUGGGCUGGAGGGGGAAAUGUAGUGAUUAUAGUCUUUGUUGGGAACUAUGUACCAGUCUCGGAUGACCGGGUGGUCUGUCACAUUAGCUGAUUGCUCUCAAUCAAUGAGCUAAGCUCUGCAUCUCCUGGUUCAGCUCAGAGUAGAGCGCUUCCAGCUGUCAGAGAGGCGGUGACUGACACCUGGCAAAAUCCAGAGAAGGAAGUCAAACUGUUACAAGGUAGACUUGGGCAUCAAUGGGUCUUUCAUUUUUAAAUAUGAUGGUUGAAAGUAUUUUGUAUGUUCUAGUUAAACAAUAUUUAUUCACAAAAGUGGUAUUGUGGCCCUGACAAUUUCUAUCUUUCUAUGGAAAGGUGGAAGGGGUUUUCAAUCACAAUUUGUCCCCACCAUAACCUAUUUGGAUUUUGCUUCCCAAGCACUACCAAGCCUCAAUAAGCAAACCAGUAACCAACCUCAUGCUGAUGAGUUGCACAGCUGUCAAUGAGUGGUUCACUGGUUUUGCAUCUUUUCCUAAAUUGUUUUCCAAGCAGUUGUAUACUGCAAACACAGGUUAAAAGGAAUCCAUGUUUAAAAUGGAAUGAGGCAAAAAUGUUAUUCUUUGUUAAACUAAUUUGCAUAUGCCCACCCAGAAUCCUUUGCGGUUGUAACAUCACUGUAGAUUUGGGAUUUAUGUGUGAAAAGCAAGUCUUAUGGCUUGACUGGUGUGCAGAUUUUUGUUUAACAUUGUAUUAACUAUCCACAGACUUAAGGUGGAAGGGGUUUUCAAGCACAAUUUUUCCCCACCAUAAACUUUUUGGACUUUGCUCCCUAUGGAAUAUACACAUAAAUGACAUGAUACAUAAUUAAAAACACUGAUAUAAAUUUUUUUCUUUACCUCAAUUAGCCAGCAAAAGACAUUCUUGAUGGCAAUAUUUUUUUCCCCUUGUAAGCUGAUCUUGUUUACAGUGAGUUGCUCAUUGCUGCUUGAGAAGGGGCCUCUGUAAACUAUCAUGAUGACUUAUUUUUUUUUAAAAAAAAACAUAGGAAGGACAGGGAUAUGUAGUCGGGUUGCUGAGGAUAAUUGGGGGGUAACCCCUGAUAGGUAACACUUACAGAAAGAGGAGGAGAGGAAAAAAUACAUGGAAGCCUAGAGGUUAUAGAGUGUCAAUUUCUUAGGCUUCCAAUGUAUAGAAAGCAACCCAGUGAGAAUUAAUAUAAAAUUUAACUUUUAAUUGAUACUUUUAAGAUCGCAGUAGAUAUAAAGAAUAAAAAGGGGACUAAUAGAGAAAGGGGAAAAAAGACGUAUGUUUAAAAGUAUGGCAGUAAAGACCUAAAAUAAGGGUUCUGCCACCAAAUCACACAAUCAUGUCCAACUACUUUCAGCUAACACCAUUGAGACAGGACGCCAUGACCUAAACUACACUCCUGCAUCUAGGGGUUUACGAUUCAACUUCAGCCGGUAUCAUGCGACCGUUAUGAAAGUGAUUACAAUCAAAAUUUCGCAAACUUAUUUUUAUGUGGAAACCUUUGCCAAAAUCAGAAGCUUCUGUCUUAAAACCAGGCCUAAACCGUAAUUACAUUGUUAAAAGGUUACUCCAGUCACAUUAGGCAUUCUUUUUAUAUUGUCUUUAAACUAUUAAUCAGCGUUCUUAAGGCCUCCAUUUUUUCCAGCUUUUUUUUUUCAUAAGGGGGUUGAUAUAGAAUUCUCAGUGCGGACAAUAUGAACAUUGAGACAAUUCUAAUUGGUUAAGUAAACUCAAAGUGGCUUAGAAUUGCAGUUACCAGAUCUGCGCAUAGCCUGGUUCAAUGUACAGUAACCUGGGCUAUGUGUAAACGGAUGGCAAACAUGGUAUGGCUGCUAUCAGGCUACAUAAUAACCACUGUGUUAUGAGUGGAACGGUCCUCAGGGCAAGAAAACUACUUCUCCAUAAACUUCUGACAGCAGAGAUUUGUGGGAUAAGAGCAGGCCUCCUAGACAAGAAUGAGUCGCUCCUCACUGGCAGACCCACUAAACAUUGUUAUGCUUGGAAUUUGAAAAGGAAUAUUUAUUUCCAUUUGGUUUUGCAUUGUAUAAAUGUUCCCUGUAGUCUCCCCUUAAGUCCAAAGAAAAUAGUUUUACUUUAGGGAUUACUAUAUUUAACUGACUGAUGGAAGUACAAUUUUGCUGACAUAGUAUUUUCACUGAAUGCAGCUGGACCGGUUUUCUUUUGAGUAUCCUCUAACUCUAAAAUGACUUUUUUAUUUAUUUUUAUUUAAAAUGUUUCUCUUGCUGAUUCUGGACAGACUGCCAAAUGUGUUUUCGAAGAUAUUUUUAUCUGUCAGAUUAGUUAUUUAAUAAUUUCAGCACUGCUUUAAAGUCAGUGUUACAGGGUUAGUCACUAAAGUCUGAAUUGCCCCAUACUGAAAAGGGCAAAAUAAUCCAGCUGUGUAUGGGAUCAUUCGGACUGCAAAAUUAGAAAAUUGUUCUCAUUCUUUAAAGGGACAAAAUAGUCCUCAAAACACUUUAGCUUAAUGAAGCAGUUGGUGUAUAGAUCAUGCCCCAGCUGUCUCACUGCUAAAUUAUCUACCACUUAGAAAUUGUUUAUGCAGCCUUAGUCACAUCUUCCUGCACGGGUCUUAUACAGCUUUUCUAAACGCUUCCUGUAAAAAGUAAUCUAAUGUUUACACUUCCUUUAUUGCACAGUCUGUUUAAUUAAAAUGCCAUACAUCCUCCUGUUACUAGUUUGAUAGCACCUACAGAAGCCUAUUGUAUGUAUUAAAGUUCAAAUUACAGAGCAGGAGAUAAAACUUUUAAAGUAAGUUACAUCUGAUUACCAUUUUGUCUUCAUGCAGGCUGUGUCAGUCACAACCAUAGGAGAUGUGGCUAGGGCUGCAUAAACAGAAACAAGUGAUUUAAAGGGACACUAGUCAUCAGAACAGCUACAGCUUAAUGUAGUUGUUCUGGUGAAUAUAGUCAGUCCCUGCAGCCUUUUUGCUGUAAACACGGCCUUUUCAGAGAAAAGGCAGUGUUUACAUUGCUGCCUAUGGACACCUCCAGUAGCCACUCCUCAGAUGGUCACUAGAGGGGCUUCCUGGGGCUUUGAGUGGAGACACAGGACUUUCCCAUAGAGAUGCAUUAAUUCAAUGCAUCUCUAUUAGGAGAUAAUGAUUGGCCAGCGGGUUGUUUGGCCUCGCUCCUGGCCUGCCUCUUUGACUAGAUCAGCCAAUCCAAUGCUUUUCCUAUGGGAGCUUAUCGAUUCUGAUGUCGGCCAAGGAGGCGGAUCGGGGGCAGAGCCAAAUACCAGUAUUUGAAAUAAGGUGAGUUUUCACCCUAUUUAAAGGAGCACUAUAGUGCCGGGUUAACAAACUCGUUUUCCUUGCACUAUAGGGUCAUUAGGGGCCCCCCUCCCACUAGGCUGAAGGGGUUAAAACCCUGGUGACCUCUCCUCCCGCCGACAUCAGCUCCGAAUGCGCAAGCAAGGCAAGAGCCGCACGCGCAUUCAAACCGCCCAUAGGAAAGCAUUACUCAAUACUUUCCUAUGGACGUCCAGCGUCUUCUCACUGUGAUUUUUCACAGUGAGAAUCGCGGAAGCGCCUCUAGCCACAAUAGGGUCAGGAAUACACAUUUGUGUGUCUGAUCCUAUAGUGUUCCUUUCACUCCUAAAUGGCAGUAAAACUUCAGAGGCAUGAUCUAUACACCAAAACUGCUUCAUUAAGCAAACGUUUUCUUGGUGACUAUAGUGUCACUUUAACAAAGUAUGGAUCAUGCAAUUCUGUCUCGGAAUGAGCCUGAAUUCGGUCUAGAUUUCAGCCAGAUUGUACGCUGAUGGGUGGCUGAAAUCCAGACCCGAAAAGCUUCAAGUUUGGCAUUGGGCAACUUGUUUAGGCUGGCAAGGAAUCAUAGGAGUUGUAAGAGAUGUGGAUAUACUUUUUGGCCACCCUUGCCUUAACCUGUACAUUAACCUUGUAGCAGAGGUUAAAGACCUUCAUCGCUUCCUCAUUUGCAUACCGCCAAAUUGUAAAUUCUAUGAGACUGCAGGUCUGCAGACUUGGCUGGCACACAUAGUUUUGGUUAAACAGUGCUAUUCUGACUAGACUUCCUUUAGACACUCUGCUGAAAAGUCUGUUGGGGAUACUAGAAUAUAUUUGUCCUUUCACUCCUUUUGUUGUAUCUAAAGAUCUUAUGUCCAGCUGUUGCCAUUCAGCUUUCCCAGCCUUUUGAUGUCAGAACAGAAGCAAUGAUAAACAGAGCAGAAUAAAGAGGAAUGUCUUGUUCUUUAUAAUGAAAACAGAUGGCAUGAUAGGAAAAGAACAGUAUAGAAUAUUAUUGUCUUGAAGGUCAAUUAUUUACAGGUUAUAUCAUUUGUAGCACUGUUGUGUGUGUGAUUUCUUUUUUUUCCCCCCGAAUAUUGUUUAUGCAACAGGUUACCAGAAAGCAUACAUUAAGCUUUGUCUUGAUUUUUCAUGGAAUACUAUAGCAUUAGAAUUACAUAUGUGUAUUCCUAGCCCUGUUGGCUAGAGAAACUGCUAUGUUUAUGAAUGGGUUAAGCCUUCCCCUAUUUCCUCUAGUGGCUGUCUCAUUGACAGCCGCUAGAGGCGCUUGCAUGCUUCUCACUGUGAUUUUCACAGUGAGAGCACGCCAGCGUCCAUAGGAAAGCAUUGCCGCGCGUGCGAAUUCAGGAGAGGAGGAGGAUCGGAGGAGGAGAGCUCCCCGCCCAGCGCUGGAAAAAGGUAAGUGUUUACCCCUUUCCCCUUUCCAGAGCCGGGCGGGAGGGGGACCCUGAGGGUGGGGGUACCCUCAGGGCACUAUAGUGCCAGGAAAACUAGUAUGUUUUCCUGGCACUAUAGUGGUCCUUUAAUUACUGUAAUUUUCUCCUAAUUGGUUUCCUCAGAAAACUUGCUACCUCUCUACUGCCUGUAAAGAAUGCUGCCGCUAGUCUGAUUUUUCUCUCCUAGUGCUCCUCUUGCACCUCGCCCCUCUUUAAAUCCUUACAUUGGCUUCAUUUACCCUACAGUAGUCAAUUCAAAAUACUAACCCUAACCUACAAAGCUCUAAACAACCUAGCCCCUGUUUUAUAUUUCUCCACUAAUUGUAGGUAUGCCCAUUCUUGGUCUCUGCCCUCUACAGGUGACCUUCUCUCUGCUGCUCGCACCCUUACUGCUAACUGACACUUGCCGGAUGUCACAAAUGUGGACUAUUGGCCCAGCCGAGACAGUGGGGUGAGCGUGGAAGUGAAAGAGUUAAUGACUCCAGACCCCUGGUUACCUGUUGCUAGUCGCAGCAACCACUAAAUUAACCCCUGUAAUCCCUUCUACACUAACACCUUAGUACACACUUUACUGCCACCACCAAGACUUUAUAUCAGGGCGUCUUCGGUUACCCCACACACAGUAGAAUUAUAGGAUCACAACCUUACUUUACUGAUCAGACAUAUAUAAUUAACACUUUUGGUAAAGUGUUUACCUGAGCUUUCCUGAGAAGAGUGAGCUCAUAGAGAACAAAAACACAAGCUGAUUAAGUAAACAUUUAAUCUGACAAAAAGGAUUCACAGUGCUGUGUCAAAAAUACAGAAAUAAAUUCUAUACAUAAACCCAGAAAACAAAUUCCAAAACAGUCCAUAAAAUAGGAGAAAACACAAGAAAUUCCUUACAUAUAUUUAUCCCUUAUAUAUAAUUCUUGUGGGAGAUGCAGAUGUUACAGGUCUCCAAGAAGUUGUAAAAGAAGAAAGGAAAAAAGAAUAUCUCACUGGAUAGUCCAACAUCCGCAAUAUAUACCUUAAACUAGUUGUUUCAAAGUGGGAAGAACCCUGGGUGGAUCAGAGUGGGUUUGGCCUGGCAGUUUAUUGAGAGAUAUAUAUAUAUAUAUAUAUAUAUAUUAUUAUUAUUAUUUUUUUAAUUAAGAUGUUGUCAUGAACCCAAAGUCAGAGCAACUGCACCAAUACAUUUUACGAUUCCCUAUCUCCAGCUCUGGUGAUGAUUAUCUAGUUGUUUUAUGGCUUGGUCCUGGUGUAAGAUCAAAGCCUACAAUAAAUGUUAUCCCAACAUGUACAAAAACAACUCCUAACAUAUAUCAAAUGCCAAUUCAUGCUUUGGCAUGACACCGGACUUCUCGCAGGUGGUCCCAUUUUGUUUGUAACAGUCUAUCUACCCCAUCGAACUCUCCUCUUGUCUAAAAUCAUUUAAGAAGUACAUCAGAAUCUCCUCAGGAAAAACAUAUUGCCUCUAAGAGUAACUUCUAUUUCACAAACCUAUAUCUUUUUGAAAAGGUCACACACCACUCCCACCUUCCAGUUAUUCUAUUUUUCCACCUUGUUGUUUGGUGUCUAUCACCCUUGAUUCCCUUCCUGUUGUGUUUUUAUAACCCACCUCCUCUAGAUUGUAAGCUCUUUUGAUCAGGGUCCACCUACUGUUUCUGUAACAAUUUGUCUCACUAAUUGUUAACUUUCUUCCUUUAUAAUAUUGUAAAGUUCUGCGGAACAAGUUGAUGCUAUAUAAAUGCCAAUAAUAAAAAUAGUGCAGGGCUUGACAAAUUCACAAAUCUCGGGAGCCCAUGAAGAAACCUUUACAUUACAAUAUCAAAUGCAUGGUAUAAUUAAAGGAACAUUGUGUCAGGAAUACAUUGUACUGCUGGUGAAGCUGUUUAGGUCCCCAGCAGAUAACUCUGAAAAGGUGUUUUUACUUACCUUGUCUUCCACCCCAGUCUCCACCUCUUAGACACUGGAGGCGCUUCCUGCAUUUACACAAAGUUUAACUUUGUGAAACAACACUUUGCAGGCGGACGUCCAGCGACUUCUAAACCCCCAUAGGCAAGGAUUGAGUCAAUACUUUCCUAUUGGAAAGGCUUAAUGCGCCAUGUAUGCGCACUAGGUUCCCAUGAUAGGUUCACGUUGUUGUUGUUGUUGUCGGAACUUAGUGCUGGAAUUAGAUAAGUUUUUAAAGGGUUAUUUAUCCCUUUCAUGGAUGGGGGAGGGGAACUGGGUGGAUAGGGGCAAGGAGACAGAGGGACUGUUUGUAUUCCUGUUUGUAUAGUGUUCCUAUAAGUUCAAUUAACUUGGAUCAAGGAAAUUUAUUGACCAAAAAUGUAAGCCUAGAGCUUCAUGCUACAUACGGUAAUUAUCCAAUACUUAAAGGGACACUCCAGGCACCCAGACCACUUCUGGGUUCUUAAACAUCUUUUUGCUUUCCUAUGGAGAGGUCGAUUGCGCACGCGCAUUGCGCAUUAGGUCUCCAGUGCUGGCGGACAUCAGCGGGGAAGGCGCAUUUGGUGCUGGAUUCAGGAAAGUGUCUCACGGGGUUUUAACCCCUUCAGCAACAUGGGAUGGGGGGCACUGUAGGAUUCUCUAGUGCCAGGAAUAUGGGUUGUUUUCCUGCCACUGGAGAGUGCCUUUAACCUCUUAACGACGCUUGACGGAAAUUUUCCGUCAAAAUUUUCCGUCAAGGCAAACCUACCGUUAAGGACGCUUGAUGGAAAAUUUCCGUAAUUUACUAAAGUUAACACCAGAUGACGGGGUUAACACUCCUCCGGUCUGCUUCGGUAUUCGAGGCAGACCAGGAGCACCCGAUCGUGCUGUCCCUGCAGCUGUGAUCACUCUCUGAAAGGCUGUAGGGACUUAUGAUCCGCCUCCUUGUGCUUUCGUGUUCAGUGUGAAGUACAGGGAGACGGAUCAGCAGUGAUCUUUUCCCUGCGUGAAAAAAAUUUAGUUUAAAAUCCAACCCCUUGCCUGCCAAUUGAUCACUGACUUAAGUGAUAGCCUUGUCUCUUAUAUGGCAUUGUAGCUUCACAGAAUAGUGCCGAAGGCAUACAAUGGGGGUAUCGUUAUACUCAGCAGAUGUAGCUUAACACAAUAUGGGGUGCAGGAAUAGUACACACCAGCUUUACGAAAUAAACAUUACAAAAACCUUGUUAUGUGUAUAUGCCAAAACAGAGGGAACCCCCCCACCCCCACACACAAUUUUACUCUAGUAUUUAGCAGAGAUUGGCGAUGAAAUGGCUAUGUAAAAAGUGUCAAAAUAACCUUAGGUAAAUAGCUGGUGAUGUCUACUUUAUAUACAUAUAUACUUUUGUUUUAAAUAUGUUUAUUGUCAGCAAUAUAAACACGGGUGUUGAACUUGGUAUCAUUAAUGCAUAUAGUUGCCUACGCAGAGGCGUGCACGUUGAAAGUGUACAUAAUGUGAGGCCGACAUAUUCCAGUUAGCUCAGAGUAACACAUAGUUGCCUGCGCAGAGGUGUAUAAGUCAAAAUAAACACGCAAUGACAAAUAUUAGAUAUUUAUAAGCCUUGCAGAGCUAGACAUGCAGAAGGUGGUGAGCUUGCUUGGUAUUGCGUUGUUAGGGCGUUGUUGUCAGGUAUGUAGUGGCAAUUUGGGGUGGCAGUUAGUAUCAUGUAUUCAGCUAUCGACUCAUUAAAUGGUGCUAGUGUGGCUCGUUAAUAAUACACUGUUUUCUUCUGAAAUGCCUGUGUUUGCGUAUUUAUCCCUGUUGCCAUAAACUGCAGUGAAGGCCCAUCUUGCGAAAAUGAGUUAGUGUUUACGCGUUCUGGUCUUUUGUCUGUAGCCCUGAGUUCUAGUGUGUCUCGUGGCUACCAGCUCGUGCAUAUUGGGGUUGUAUUUGUUUUGUAUGUUUCGUGUCCUUCCCCUCUGCUGGUGAUGGUGAAACCUUCUGCGGUAAGUCUGUGUCUCCUCUAUUGCGUGUUUCCAUGGUUAUGUCUAUGUUGUGUUGCUUUAUUCUGGAGCUCUGUGUGUCUGCCUCUAUUGUUGCGUCUUUGCAUAUAUACUUUUGUGUGGCAAUUUUGUUUUCUGUGAUGGCUACUAAACCUACAAAACAAACAUACCAACUUCUAAAAUUGUUUUACAUUGAAAUGUUAUUUUAGUCUAGUCCUUUUAUUUAGUGACCUGUAACUUUCAAAUCAAGCUGAAAUAUUAUACAUAGUAUGUACUUUAUAAAUCAAGACACAUAAAUCAAUUUAUUUUGAAUUACUUUUUCUAAGCUGGACAUAUUAUGCACAUGCCAUUAUUGCCAAAACUGUGAAAAAAGUUUUUGGGGGUUUUCCCCCAUUUGUUGGCAUUUGUUUUAAAAUUAAUGAGAAUUUAUCUAUGUAUAUGUGACCUCAAAUUAAUGCCCCUUUUGCCCUCUAAAAAACGGUAUAUAAUAUGUGUUGGUGCAAUAAAUGACAGAGAUGCAAAUUGCGUUUGAACACAAACAGCAAAAAUUGCAAAAAUGGCUUAUGUCCUUAAGGGUAAUUCCAGUUUUUGAAGCUGUGUCCUUAAUGCUGAAUAACAUUUGCACUAUAAUGCACCUUAAAUAGAAACCUAUCUUUAGAGUUUUCUUUUAAAAGCAAAGAAAAAAAAUCAGGAAAAAGGGAUUUUUUUAAAUUUAAAAAAAUAAACUUUCAGCUAUGUAACUAUGUAAAAGUAAUAAUAAAAUAAAUAUAUAUAUAUCACCUCCCCUCCCCCCCUCAAAAUUAUUACUUUAGGGUGAAAAGGUAAAUCAACUUAUUCACCCUGCUGUCUGGCUUGUACAGUGAUGGCGAACCUGUCGGCAUGCGGCCAUAGGUUCGCCAUCAAUGCAGAGUAGGCACCUGCCUGCCCGAAACGGCAGGCGCCUCCUCUGCUUCCGUGUUGGGAGGCAGGGGGAGGGAUCUGUGAAGCAGCUAUCCUGACCUCCCGCGAGCAAGCUGUGUGGAGCGUUGCGUGUUACCAUGGCAGCGCUCCACCCAGCAUCGCGCGGGAGGACAGGGGAGCUGCUCUCUACAGAACUUACCACCACCGGACCACAUUAAAGGUAAGGAGGGGGGAUACUGAUGUUGCAUACUUUUUUUAAACAACAUCUUUACCCACCCACACACAGUACCCCUACUCCCCACACACCCACAGCACCCCUACCAGAGGACUGUGUUCAGCGUCCUGUGUGUGUGUAUUCAGCAGUUCAGUUCUUUUAAAACAAGUGUUAAUUAGUUUGGACAACUGUACGAGUUGUUUUUUCUAAACUUAAACCUCAGUAUUCAGGUUUAAUUGCCGUGUUGGCACUUUGAGGGGAAAAAAAGUUGGCAUGUAUUGCUGUUUGGGCACUCGGGCUCAAAAAGGUUUGCCAUCACUGGCCUAGUACAUGUCCAGGGCGUUGGGUGGUAUAAAUUCCUUACUCUUGUAUUCUUUUUGUAUUGAUGAAGGUUUCUGAAACUUUUGACUCGUGGAAAUAACACUAAUGUUAUGUUUCAUUCUUUUGUUGUUUAUAAUACUGCAGAUAAAAACUUUAAAUGUCUUUGGAGUGACCAACGAUAUUUGUGCAAAUAAAUAGAGGAACAUUGCUAUUUGCAACUCUGUAGGUAUGUUCCAACCAAAAAAACUGUAGUUUUUGGGGGUUUUUUGCUAGAGAAAUUUUGCCUAUCUUGUCAUUCCUCACACCCAAAAUGGAAAAAAAUAGCUUAACUCAUCCCAAGGCCAAGUUCUCUCUGCACACCAAUCUUUCUCCAUUGGUAUUACUCUCCCUUUCCAGAGAGGUACUGAUGUUGUGGAGACCACAGGCAGCAUGGAGAUCGGGGUCGUACCUCCAUUGGCUGUCUGUUCUCAGCGUAUUGUACAUGGUGAUGAUAGUUGCAAGAAAUGUACAGAAUUCUUAUUAGCCAGUCUAGCAGAACUGUUAUUCCGGGAUGGCUUAUGAUGCCCCAAUGACACUGUAAAUUUGAAACCUGUGCUGGUUAAUUGUUGUUGUAAAGGUGAGGUGAGAGGAAUGCUUAGGGGGUCAGGUUAAACUUGUAUUUUUGUUGUUUUCACUUAUGUAUCCAAAAUGCAGGCUUGAUUCUCACUUGGAUUUUUUUCUCUUUGUUUAUUGCGGCUUUAGCAUUAGUUAUUGAAGGUCUAGAAUGGAUGCGGUAUCUACAGAACUCAACAAUGUCCUUCCUGAUGAAAUCAUGGAAUCUGAAAUGUCCUUGGCAGAUGAUGAUUGCAUUGAAGCAAUCACGAUAUCCUCUCCGAUGGUCGAUGAUGUUCCAAUGGAAACCGAAAUGGAUGAAAUUGUGGAAAUUAACAGUAGUGGGGAAUGUGUAACUACAUCUUUUCCUAAGGAGGGAAUUACAACAACCAGCAACCACUCCAGUCAUCUUGCGGUGGUGAGCGUUUCUUCCAAGCCUGACUCUGGACCAUCUGCAGCAGCUAUAAAAACAGUUUAUCAGACUGGUGUGCACAAACGUGGUACACCAAUCUCUGGACAAAUGAUUCUUAAUAAGACUUCUGAGCUUACACCUAGCAGCCAUUUGGUGAAGCAUGAAGGGCAGAAGCUUAUAGUGACAACUCUUGGGAAGCCCAGCCAUCCUUUAUUCUUGACACUUCCUCAAGGUACACAAAAGAAUGCCACUCAUAUCCAGCAUCUGGAUUCUAAAGGCAAUCCGCAGCAGAUCAAAUUGGUCACUAUUGGUGGAACUAGACCUGAAGUGAAACCAGUCAUUGGUGGUAUGUCUUUAAGCUCUGCCCAUCUCAUCGGUUCCUCUGUCAAGUCCGCUGGAUUUGUGGGGCCUGCAUCACAGACUUUGCAGGUAAUAAUAUGCAUGGUGGUUUUAUUUGUUUAAUUAGUUUUUAUUUCUGUUUUGAAUGAUGUGUGUGUUUGACAAGGGCCAGAAAUUAUGGGGUGAUAAAGUAUUUGUGCAACAACAUUUUGUAUAUAAUAAAGACUUAUUUGCCCAAUGUGUCCUUCAUAGAGACAUUUAAAAAAAAAAUGCAGCUGCAAAUUUGCUUACAACAGGAGGAAAUAGGAAAUCAUGUUCUCAUGAUACUUAAAUUUUUGUAUUUUUUUUUUUUAAUUUUUUUAUUUUUUUUCAACUAAAAUUUAAUACAGUGGAUUUUACAUUUUCUUGUGAGUGGUGCAUUGACUGAAUCCCACCACACAUACUGAAGUUUAAGUAAAAAGAAUAAAGAAAAAAAGUUAAAAUGUUUUGUAGGUGAUGCAUUGAAUCAGUGCACCUCUACGAGGAAAGUUUAUGUUCUCUAUGCGGAGGGUUGAGACACUGAAUGUCAGUCAAACUGUGCAGCACUGCCCCAGGAAGCACCUCUAGCAGCCUUAUGAGAAGUGGCCAGUUGAAGUAUCUCUAGACUGUAAUGUAAACACUGCAUUGUCUCUGAAAAGACCAUGUUUACUGCAAAAAGCCUUAAGAGAAUGAUUAUACUAACCAGAACAAAUACAGUUUACUGUAGUUGUUCUUGUGACUAGUGUCCCUUUACCUCUGUAUGUGCAGUUUUUCAUAUUGAAAAAUUUAGAACUUUACUGGUCCGGUCAUGCUUUGUGGAAACAUCAAAGGCAGAAUAUUCUUGAAAUUUUGAGCCCUACUAGUAAAAAAUGUAAGUCCUUGAGACUGCAUGACCUUCCAUUGACAAUCUUGUGCAUUAGGACAGUGGUUCUCAACAGUUUUACACCAAAGGACGACAUUCCCACAAGUACACAUUUAACAACUUAGUGACUAAAUUAAUAUCUAUAAAUGUUGACCAAUGAAGGAAUAGGCCUAUAUGCAAUAAUGCAAGCUGUUAUUCACUGCAACAUAACAAGGAAACUGUAUGGAUGUAGAAGUAUUUAUUGGUCAUUAUAUUACAAAUAUAUUCAUUGUGAGCCUUGGAUGACCAUUCUUAAUAAUCAUCAUCAUGGUUGGGAAUUAAAUUAAAGCUGAAACAUUUUACAUUAUUGGCUCCACAGUCGUGGACCAUCUGAAAACCUAUCGUGGACCACAGUUUGGGAAACUGUGCAAUUAAGUACCAUAGACCACGGCUUGACAAAUCCUAGGCGUCAGGACAAAAUUCCUAGUUGCAUGCUGACCUGGCGUGUUUGUCACUCCGUUCAGCACUGGCCUCCUUAGGUCCCCGAGGUGGAUAGCUGCGUGUAAUGGUGGUGGGAGCGGCGAAAAAGCUGUGAUCUUCUUGCUCUGCUCCCUACGUCAUGCUGGAAAGCAGGAUAUGAUGUCACCCCAGCAUCACAAAAUGGCGCGCGAGGGAGCGGAGCAAGAAGAGCUUGCAGAUUACAAGCACAUAGAAUAAAAUGUUUUAAAAAGGUAAGUAUGAUAAAAUUCCUAAGCACUUCUUCUGCUGAAGAAUCAGCCACACUUCUAAACCUGCAAUAACAUAUCUGCUUGUGAAUAGGAAAGGGAAAAGGUAAUCAUGCUGACCUACAUAGUUCUAGAUGUGCCAAAAUUGUAGAUUUCUCUUAUUAACCCUUAAGAAAAAAUGUAAUCAGAUGCAACAUCAAAUAUAAAUUAUUUGUGUGUAAGACUUUUUGUAAUUGCCUCAUUUAUUGUAAAAUUUCCCCCUGUUUAGUAUUGUAAAGCGCUGCAGCAUAUGUUGGCACUAUAUAAAUGAUGAUGAUUAUUGACUGGUCUGGCAAAUUGCUGCACACUUUCAUGUGUGUAAUUUUUUUUUACGUUUGUUUUUGUAGUGCAAGUGUAGGUAGGGUAAAGGGUGAAACACUGUGUGGAUACAUUUCCAAAUAUUCAGCAAAUGAAAGAUGAAAGUUCGACACACAAUCUUCACUGCUUUGUUAGUUCAGCUCUUUUUUUGGUCCAGUUAUCUGGCUUUUUGACAUGGCUGUUCAUGCCAUCAGCACUUCACUCUGUACAGAAAUGCACAGUCUUCAAGAGGGUGCACAUAUUUAUUUUUUGUCCCCCUUUAUAAUUACUGUUAUGGCCUUUUUAUAGAUAGAUAUAUAUUUAGUUAAUACAAUGUUAAACAAAAACAUCUUGUAGUUUUUUUUUUUUUUUUAAGAUUAUUUAGAAGUUACUGAUUUCACUUACACUUCAUGCACUAUUCAUCUACCAAUCAAUGCUAGGAGAUAUCAGUGCUCUGUUAAUGAUGUGUGCAUGCGGAUUACAGCACAUUUGUUAAGUCUGUUGGGGCUUGCUUUCGUGAGUGACAGUUGGGAGUCUGUCAGUUCAUUACAAUGUUCAGUCAAAAGUAGGUAAGGGCUGAGUUUGAGAGGAAUUAACAGUACUUUCCUAGCUGUCUUCUGCAUGUGGGAUGGCUAAAUGAAUCUUCCCAGCCAGUCUGUUUGCUCAAUGGUUAAAAGGGACAGUCUGCAUCUAAAGCCUGAACCUCUUGUGGUUACUGUCAGAUGUUCACUAGAUUAAAAAUGUUUUUUUGUUGUUGUUGGUUUUUUUUAUGUGGCCACGAUAAUAUUGAGGAUAGUAGAUACUGCAGUGCCUUCAAAUAUAAUUAGAUAAAUAUUCCUACCGUGCUGCUGUCAACCCAGACCACAGAAAAAAAUCAGGACAGUGCUGCAAAGAUGUAAAAAAAUUUCCGAAUACUACAAAUGAUUAUUGAUUGAACUCAUGGAUGUGGUUUGCAGUGAAUGGAUGUUAAGCUGCUUUGCACUAAAUAUUCCAUCAUGUGCCGGUAGUUAUUGUUUGACUUCACACAUUACAUUUAAUAAAUGCCAGGAAUAAGAUGAAAGGUUCUAAAAUCAAUUGCUUACCAUGGAAAUAGUCACUAUUGUAUAAGAAAAUGAGGGUAAUUUCUUAUAUUAGAGAAUUUUAUUAGGAGCAAUUGCCCAAUGUAGUAGUUUAACAAAUUUUAUUCUGAGCGCAGCCACUCACUAUUUACAAAUAUAAUUUUUCAAUCUUUAUACAAUGUUGCAAGUAACCAGUGCACAGCAGCAAUUUGAACCACUUUCAAAGAUCACAGGCUUGCCAAAACAUUACUUUAUAACUCCUUUAUGUGCCCUUUAGAGUUAAAAGGACACUAUAGUCACCAAAACAAGACUUUCUUCAUUGGCAAAAUCCUCAAUUCCAGUUAUAAUUUUUUUUUUUUAGUCCGUCUACUUUUUUUCGGUUCCUCAAUAUCGUUCAGGAGUCUUAAACUGCACUGCAUAUUAGAGGAACACUCUAAGCCCCAUAACUAAUUUUGAGGUCUUACAAUGGGGGAGUGCCAUAGCACUCCUUUCACCACAACCACUAUAGUGCACUGAGUGAUGUUAUUAAUUGUUGUCUAUAACUUACUCUUAAGUUCUUUAUAUUUAAAUCCGCCCCACUUCGGCUAUAAUGUAAGUGUGUGUUUGUCAUGCAAAAAUUCAUAAUAUUGCUUUUAUUAUUUAUAAAGCGCCAACAAAUUCCAAACCAAUAUACAAUGGGUGGACUAACAUACACAUACUUGUAACAAGACAAGUUGGUCACACAGGAACAGAGGGGUUGAGGGCCCGCCUCAAUGACUUUACAUGCUAGAGGGAGUGGAGUAUAGUGACACAAAGGAUAGGGUAGGAAAGUAGGUUGUUAGAAAAUUAUUCACUGCGGUCUUAGUGGGUUUUUUUGUGUGUGUUGACAGUUGCAGGAGAGGAAUCUGGAUGCGGGAAGGGAAAGCUGUUAACAGUUUAAGAAGUGAGUUUUAAAUGAUUUUUUUUUAUGAAAUGGAGACUGGCUGAAAGUCUAAUGGAGAAGGGGAGGGAGUUCCACAGGAACAGUGCAGCUUUAAAGCAGUUUUGAAGGCGAGAAUCAGAAUUUGGAGUACGGACAGGGGAUAGACGUAGGUCUUCGGCAGAGCAUAGGUGCCUAGACAGGACAUACUUGUGUAUUAGAGAGGAUAGCUAGGUUGGCGUAGCAUUAGGUAGAGACUUGUAAGCAAGUACCAGAAUCUUAAAUUGAGUCCUAUAUCUUAUGGGAAGGCAAUGUAGGGACUGACCGCAUAGGAGGUGCGUGUGGACAGACUGUGACAGGGCAAGUUGGGAACACGUAAGACCAGUGAGAAGUGGAUGGAGUAGUCAAGGUGAGAGAGGUCAAGGACCAUCACCUUGAGCCUGGAGAAGUCAUAAGUUGUAUUUUCAGUCGAAUUUUGGAAAACCAAACUUCUUGUGUUGAGCUAUUUCAAUUGCUUUUGUUUGAUUUGUUUAUUGCAAAUAGCAGGAAGUCUGUAAAUCUUGACAAUGGAGGUUGAAUAAUUUUGAUUACAACUGUACUUAGCAGUAAGUGUGGUGGAAAUAGUGAAAACUGGUUAGAAUGGGUUUCUGCAUAGUUUUAUGUGCUAAUAGGAGGAACUCUCAGUUGAUCAUUUAUUGUAGAAUUCAAUCAUGCAAUAGAAGUGCAUAUUUAUUUUCUGUGUGAGAAGUGAACCAGUGUGAAGUGACUGAAUCUGUUCGUGGGAGUAUCUUUGAGUGUACAUGUAGAUUUGGGAACAAUUUUAGCAUUUUCAAAUCUUAGGCUGAAAUAGCUGGUUUGCAAAUGUGGCUUUUUUAGCCUAAUUAUUUGCAAUAUGACGUUUAAUUCAUUACAGUUCAUUGUUCUGUACGCCUCAAUAUCUUGUCUGAGGAGAGUCUGACUGUUACAUAUGAAAGGAUAAAAAUAUGGAAUAGUGGACCUGCUAUGUUUAGGAAAAGUUGGAUAAUUUUCUUUGUGUAAACCUAUAUAAUGCAACCCGCCAAGCACGAAAAUCACUUCAUCUUCAAGAAUUAUUCCAACCAAAAAACAUUUUCAUGAAACACCUCUAUUUCAGUGCCAAGGCCAAGUUCUCCCUACAGCCCGAUCUUCCUCUGUCGACGUCACCACCCUGCUCACCGGGGUGACUUUAUGUCCUGGGCAUCCAGCAAUAGGAAUUCCUCACCAUUGAUGCAUGCAUUCAUACUUUAUUUUGUCUGUUAAACUUGGCCCAACAUGAUGUUGGUUCAGCAAAAUCGGGCUCUCCCCUUUCCUAAGUAAUUGGACAACACUACACUUCAAAAUCAAUCCACUUAGAUUUUGUAGUAAAGAUAUGCAUUACUACUUGUGAAGAAAAUACUUAUUUUCUGCAUUUUCUUCUGUUUAUUCGUGACUUUCAGCUGUAUUCGUUUAUUUGGGAUUUUAUUGGUUCGGUAAAUUAAACUACCAAACACCAACCACCCUCCAGGCUCAUUACCUUCAAAGGGAACCAUCUACUAAGCGCUCUCUGGGCGGCUGCCGUUCGUAUAUAUGCGAAUGCCACGUGGAAGAGAAAACGGCGGCCAUUUUGUUUGCACGAAAGGAGGCAGCGGGACUUUGUCGUCGAGUGUCUAGAACUAAAAUCAGACUCUCAACUUCCCGAACCACCGCUGAAACAAACGAACGCCUGCUUCCUUUUGUUGCCGAACAGCCAGGAGAGCGCCAUUCGGUAGUUUGGUUCAUACGAACACCGGGAACAAUCGCUCCUAUGAGCCAGGAGGCUCCAUUCGUGCUUUUAUUCGGUUUUAUGCUGUUUUCCGAAUUGACCGACCGCACACGCUGAAUUCGCAGGAGCCUCAUGUGCGGUCGGUGAACUAAGACUUCCAUACUUUUUGAGAACCCCUGGACCAAUCUGGGUGAAAUUUGAAUACCGUAUUUUUCGCUCCAUAAGACGCACCUCACCAUAAGACGCACCUAGUUUUUAGAGGAGGAAACCCAGAAAAAAAAAUAUUCUGAACAAACUGUUCCAUAGUGUUUCUUACCAUGGGACAGUUUGUUCAGAAUAUUUUUUUUUCUCCCCUGUCCCAUAAUGAUCUUUAACCCCCCUUUCCUCUGUCCCAUAGUGAUUGUGUCCCAUAGUGUUAACCCCUCCUACCCUGUCCCAUAGUGAUUGUUAACCCCUCCUACCCUGUCCCAUAGUGUUCUUUAACCCCUCCUCCCCUUGUCCAUUAGUGUUCUGAUCCCAUAGUGUCCCCCCUCCCAUUGUCCCAUAGUGCACUUUCCCUCCCAUAGUGUCCCCCCUGCCCUUGUCCCAUAGUGUCCCCCCUGCCCUUGUCCCAUAGUGUCUCCCCCUCCCCUUGUCCCAUAGUGUCUCCCCUCCCUUUCUCCCAUAGUGUCUCCCCUCCCCUUGUCCCAUAGUGUCUCCCCCUCCCCUUGUCCCUGGUGUCACUCCCUUCUCCCAUGGUGUCUCCCUCCCCUUCUCCCAUGGUGUCUCCCCUCCUUCUCCCAUGGUGUCUCCCCUCCUUGUCCCAUUGUCCCCCCCUCCUUGUCCAUGGUGUCUCCCCCUCCCCUUGUCCCAUGGUGUCUCCUCCCCUUCCCUUGUCCCAUGAGUGUCCCCUCCCCUUGUCCCAUGGUGUCCCCUCCCCUUGUCCCAUGGUGUCUCCUCCCUCCCCUUGUCCCACUUGGUGUCUCCCCUCCUCUCCCUUGUCCCAUGGUGUCUCCUCCCCUCCCCUUGUCCAUGGUGUCUCCUCCCCUCCCUUGUCCCAUAGUGUCUCCUCCCCUCCCCUUGUCCCAUAGUGUCUCCUCCCCUCCCCUUGUCCCAUAGUGUCUCCUCCCCUCCCCUUGUCCCAUAGUGUCUCCUCCCCUCCCCUUGUCCCAUAAUUACUUACCUGUCUUGGAGCAUGGGCCGGCUUCACAGCACGCUCCGCGGUCCAGGAACUUCUAUUUCAGGUUCCGGUUUCCGGCGGGACCGAAAGGAAGUGUGCACACUUCCUUUCAGUCCCACCGGAACCUGAAAUAGAAGUUCCUGGAGCGCGGAGCGCGCUGUGAAGCCGGCCCACGCUCCAAGACAGGUAAGUAAUUCUUCACAUUCGCUCCAUAAGACGCACAGACAUUUCCCCUCACUUUUGAGGGGAAAAAAAGUGCGUCUUAUGGAGCGAAAAAUACGGUAUGUUGGUCUCCCAGAUCGGGGCUAUCAGGGGCACAUUUGUGGGAAAAACUUGUGUGUGAAGGGGUGUUCUAAGUUUUGGGGAAAUUGUGUGUCCUUUGCCUGGAGAUAAUUGGUUUAUUCCUUAACUUAUCUCAGAAUCUCUCAGGCAGAGGAAGGGAGGGUUUUACUGUAAAACUGUAUUAUGAUUGGUUGUUCCUUUUGUUUACCGUGGGAGGUCCUCUUGCAGGAGGAUUUCCAAAAAAGCCAGUGUGGCGUCAAUAAAGCUCAUUCCUGUUGUACCCUUCAUGAAGUCUAGGUUCAUGCUUGGGGAAUAUUUUACUUGCUGGGGAGAAUCGUCUUGGAAGCUGCAUUCCUCUACACUAUUCCUCUACACCCUACCUGCAGUUCUAAUCACUUAUGCUCCGCUAUUGGGAAAGGAAUAGAAGACCUCAGUACCAUAACAACUGAAGGUCUUAACACUACUACAUCCAGUUUUUAAUGAUUUGGGAUUUCUGUGCUUCUCCCUUCAGUCUUUAAGUCACUCGGUCUCCAAGUCACAUAGUCAUUGUAGUGAUCUGGUUUCACUGUCCCCUUAACCUUGCAGCUGCAAAAAUUGAGAAACUGCAACGUUUACAUUGCAGGGUUAAAGCGGCACUGUCAUGCCGAACUUACCUUUCCUCAAUCUCUUCCUCUUCUACCCCUCUCUCAGGAUCUGUUAUUCUUUUCUUCCUAUCUUCUUUAGUUUUCUUUAAAAUCAUAAGACAAAGUAGGGACUCUUUGCCUUAUGGAGGAUUCCUCCGCUUGACCAGCUCUGACCAGCGGAGGAGCAAAGUGUGCUUCAUUUCCGCUGGUCAGAGCAAUUUUCCCAUGAUCCUUACCUUUCCUAUGUGUUCCCGCGAUGCUUCCUGUCACUUUACACUAAACUGCCGAAUUUCGUUCUAACUGAAUGAGAACAGUAUGUUCGUUUCUUUUAGAACGCAAUUCGGCAUUUUAUUCGGAUCGGAAUUUCAUUCUAAUGAAUGAAACUCCGAUCCUACUCAUUGCCGCGGCUGCAUCUUGCAGCCGCUUAGUAGAUAACUCCCUAAUUCCCACGGUAUCAGGGAGUUAUCUACUAAAAGGCUGAAAGACCUAAAUUGGUCUUUCAGCCAACUUUACUAAUACCAAGUAAAGAUUACUUAGUAUUAGUAAAUUAAAUGCCCCUACUCGCUAUACCGCGAGUAGGGGCAUGUGUAGUAAGCAGUGAGCAGCUUAUAGCUGCUCACUGUAAAAAAAAACAAAAAACUAAUAACCCCCCCCCCCAUGCCUGUGGGGGCCCUAAAUAAAGAUGGGGGGGACCUACUGGCCCCCCCUGGCCCCCACCCCUGAGCGGUGGGUGGGGGCCCUAAAUAAAGAUAUGGGGGGGGACUUCUGGCCCCCCCCCUGGCCCCCACCCCUGCGCGGUGGGUGGGGGCCCUAAUAAAACAAUAAGGGGGGGGACCUACUGUCCUCCCCCCCUGGCCCCCACCCCUGAGCGGUGGGUGGGGGCCCAAUAAAACAAUAAGGGGGGGGGACCUACUGUCCUCCCCCCCUGGCCCCCACCCCUGAGCGGUGGGUGGGGGCCCUAAAUGAAACACCCCCCCCAAUCAAGGUGACUAGGGGUCCCAAGCCCCUAGUCACCAACCCCCCACCCAAAAAAACCUAUCCCCUACCUACCCCCCUCACCCUACAAAUAGUGAGGGGGGAAUAAAAUAACUAACCUGUAAAAAAAAAAAAUUAAACUUACCAUUUGACGUCUUCUUUUUUCUAAAAUCUUCUUUCUUCAGCCCCCAAAAAGGCCAAAUAAAAAUCCAUUAUACCCGUCGCACUUUAAAAAAAAAAAAAAUAGGUCCGCCCCCCCCUUAUUGUAAUUUGUCUUUUUUUUCUCUCACUGUUUAGUAGACAUGCCCCUACUUUAAUCUCCUUUAUGCUAUUAUGGGGGUCAUAUUGACCCCCAUAGAGUGAGAGGGGGACCUGGGGGGCUUAUGAAGUGGUGGGGAGCACUGCUCCCUGACGCUUCUAUCUUUACAUAUUACAAGGAGGGAGCUGCGUGCCGGUAGCUCCCUCCUUUUAAUAAACUGAACGAAGAAAAUAACACUGAUACAUAGUGUUGGUUUGUUCGGCUGAUCUUUCUAUUCACUCAUUCGUCUGUCUAAUGAAUGAAUAGAUGAAAUUCCCGUUCGCAUGUCCAGGUGUUUCACUGGGCAUGUGCGGGAAUCUCACAGUCUGUCUAGUGUGGGCUGAUGACGUGUCCCACCGGGACUUCAUCUACCCACACAAAGAUGGCGGCGCCCUGAAUCAAGAUCGGGGCAGAAAAUAAGGAUUAAAAAAUAGGUAAUGUGGGGGGCUUAGGGGCAUUUGAGGGUGACUAGUGGGUCAAUUGGAUGUAGUGGAGGCGGGAGGGGGGGUUAAAAAAACAAACAAAAACAGGAUUUGGCAUUACAGUGCCGCUUUAAAGGACCACUCUAGGCACCCAGACCACUUCAGCUUAAUGAAGUGGUCUGGGUGCCAGGUCCUUCUAGGGUUAACCCAUUUUUUUCAUAAUUAUAGCAGUUUCAGAGAAACUGCUAUAAUUAUGAAUGAGUUAAGCCUUCCCCCUAAUCCUCUAGUGGCUGUCUCAUUGACGGCCACUAGAGGCGCAUGCGUGCUUCUCACUGUGAUUUUCAUAGUGAGAGCACGCCAGUGUCUAUAGGAAAGCAUUGUAAAUGCUUUCCUAUGUGACCGGCUGAAUGCGCUUGCCGCGCGUGCGCAUUCAGCCGGCGGGGCGGAUCGGAGGCAGAGAGCUCUCUGCCCAGCGCUGGAAAAAGGUAAGUUUUAACCCCUUUCCAGAGCCGGGCGGGAGGGGGACCCUGAGGGUGGGGGCACCCUCAGGGCACUAUAGUGCCAGGAAAACGAGUAUGUUUUCCUGGCACUAUAGUAGUCCUUUAAGACUGCACAUCUUAUUCAGGCCUAAUAGUUUUGUAUUCCUAACACUACAGUGUUACUUUAAAUUAUGAUCUGCAAUACCAAUAAACUGAUGACACCUGGCAAUAAUUGCUAUAGUAGUUCAUCGUGUAAAUUAGGUCACAGUUUUAGUGUUUGCUUUUAAAUGUACAGUCUCCAUUAUCAGUCUAAUCCUUGUGCUAAAUCAAAAUAGAUGGACUGUUAUAAAGUUUUUUUCAUUCUGUAAAAGCCGUUGCACACUUUCUUUCUGUCGCUGUGACGAAACAAUCAGAAAAUUAAUUUGCUUUUUUUUGCAUGUUUUAUGACUUAUGUAUAUUUUGCAAGUCUGUACAUAUUUGAUGCUUGAUUAUCCUUGAAUUAUUAGACUGUGCUCAUUCCGGAGGGCAAGCAAUCUAUAACAUGUCUGACUUUAGAAAUCCUCUGAGCUACAGCUCACAGAACUCAUUGCUGCUGGUGCCUAAUUUUUAUUUCUGACUCUUAUUACAAUAUAUAUUUUAGUCGGUGAUGAGCAACAAAGAAGUUUCUGUAGACCUGCAAGUGUCACAUUCUCUCCUGUUUGAUUUCUACAGAUCGCCAAGAAGAAUCCUGCUUCCUCCUCUGGAGCAGUCAUUACCAAGCUGAUCAUUGCAAAGCCGCUGACUAGCAAACCUAUCACUACAGGACAGACUACCCAAGUGUCAUCAAUAUUUUCAGGUGCUUCAUAAUAUGCUUUUUAUUUGAUAUGGAUAGAGAAUUUAUUAGAUCUCUAGAAAAAUAUUUGAUUCAAUCAUUCACUUACUAUAUAGAAGGUAAAUAGUAAGUGUGAUAGACUGUGUGGUGUUUUUAAAAAAUUAAAAAAAAAUUUUUUUUAAUUUUUCUAUGCAAUAAAAUAAGUUAAGGGGUUGUGAUUGUAAAAUUAGUAGUGCAGAGACUACCCUCCACCAACUCUCAGCUUUGAUAGUGACUCAGAACUGCAGUGAUUUGUAAUUCACUAUGCGUGCGUGGUAGUAUGGCAGAUAUCCGUUUCCAGAGCAGUUCCACGUAUCUUAUGUGGUGAGUGGAACUGAUCCUGCUCUGUUAGACAGAGUCUUAUGGGUAAGAUAAAACCCAGAGGCCAGAAUGAAACUUAGCUCAUUAGUGAAUUGAAUUAUAUAUCCCUUUUUUUCUACCGUAGUUUUUAUGGACUACAUUUUCAGUUCUGCUCAAGCAGAAGUUGAUGAGUGAAAUGCCUAAUGCCAGAGCAUAAUGAGAAUUAUGAAGGAAAAAAAAGACUAUUAGAACUAAACUGUCUAGUGUGCACUUCAUGUAUAAUGAUGCUCAGUAGGUCAGGAAGCAUUGUGAAAAAUAAAAGACCACAAAUAUCACUGACUGCAAUUGUUCAUUCCAAGCUGGUAUGUAGUUGGGGCUCGAGACACAGCUAUGCCCAUGUCCACUUCCUCCUCCUAUGUGUGAUGAACCUCUGUGCAGUAAGCGGGUAUAAAACUCCAUAGCUAGAUUAUAAGUUUGUUUGACAAGUUUCACAGUUGAUGUCCUAGUUUUGUAGUCACAUAGUAAAAAUGUAGGCUAGAAAAAUGUUUUAACCCCUUAAGGACAAAUGACAUGUGUGACAUGUCAUGAUUCCAUUUUAUUCCAGAAGUUUGGUCCUUAAGGGGUUAAAGAAACCCUAUAAUGUUGGAAAUACAAAUAGGUUACUGUCCCCCUCUUAUAAGUAGUAAAAGAGAUAUUUUACUUGCCUUUUUUCACUCGCAGCGCUUGUUUGUGUUGCUGACGUGCCUCCUUGGCUGAGACCUUUGAGAAUGAUGAUCUUCACCAAUCCAGUGCUUUCUCAUAGUAAAGCAUUGGGAGACUAGUGUGCAUGUGCAGAAAACUCUGCUCAAUGCCAAUCCGAUCAGUCUCUAUGAAUUUUCUCUCUGCUAUUUCGUGGGAAAUUUUUCUAGUGACAGCCACUAAAGACAAUUUAAACUCUGCAAUGAAAAUGUUUUCACUUGCAAAGAUAAAAUGGGGCAGCCCAUGGCACCCAGUCCAUUUCUUUGAGAUGAAGUGGUCUGGGUGCCGAUAAUAGUAUCCUUUUUAAUUAGUUCAGCUUUUCUCACAUCUCUGUAUUUAUUUGUGCAUUUCUUUGUAUCAACCGUAGAAUAAUUUUGAAGCAAAAUCCAUUUUUUUCAAGAAAAUUGGGGGGUGGUGAUUCCUUGACUCUAAAAUUUGGGUUAUUCUUGGAUCAAAAACUUAAAAUUGCAAGUCCUAUGCUACUAGCCAGGCCUUAAAAGUUACCCGCUACAGCAAGUCUGAAGGGUGCAUGGCCUCACCAGGGUUGAAUUGUCACUUGGCAAUGGCAAGUGGAAAUGUUGAGCCCUUCUGUCAACAUUGUUUUGUGUGCUAAUUACUUGCUAUUAUAUAUCCUCACAAUAUAACUGUGGAAUAUGCUCGCGUUAUGCAGAUGGAAAGAACAGAUUAUUGCUUAACUUCUUUGAUCCUUAAAGGAAAACUCUACACUCUAAAAAUAAAAAAUCAUUGUACAAUAGAUAUACCCCCAGUGAAUAAAUGCAUGUAUUCAUUGGAGGUAUGUGUUAAAAUGGCUUGCAAAACUAGCAGAUCUUAUGAACACCAGCCUUUCCGAGCCCUGCAUUUUUUACCCAGAAGAGACUUUCUCAGAAGGUUUCCCUUGGUACGUGCAUGUGCACUUAAAGCAUUCUGAUUGGACAUGUGCAGGAGAAGAAGCAGGCAUGCUCAAGUCAAGCUUGCCUGACACUACCGUUCACUCUGGGGAGAUAACGGAAAAAGGAAGAAACUUCCCAGUCAUGGGCGUCCGGAGGGAGGGUCAAGGGGGGGCAAUGGCACCCCAUGGAAAUUUAAAUUUGCCCUUUUCCACAGGUACCCAUGCAGGAUAACCUGAAGUGGGUACUUUGUUAAAUAAUAAAUAAAAAAAAGCUACACUUACAGUUUGUGCUCAGCCAUACUCCACAUGAAGCAGCCAAGUGUUCGUUCCCGAGAGUGGGCUUCAAUAGAUAGCAGGGAUAGACUGUUAUCACUGCUCCCUCCUACCUGCAGGUGGCACCAAACUGAGCUGUAUGGUAGGACUACCAGUCCCAAGCCACACUACCCCAGAGCAGGUAAGGAGAGAAUUACUAUACAAUUGGGAAUGAAUAGACAGGGAGAAUAUAUGGAGAAAGGGACAGAAUGAGUGGUGGGAGAGGGGGGAAUAUGAAGAAAUAUGAAGGUGGGUGUAGGGAGUUAUUAGAAAAUGGACACAUGGAGAAUAUGAAGAAAGGUUAAGGUGUGUAUGGAGGGGAUAUGAGUGAAGGGGGCACAAGUUGGGUGGGGGGGAUAUGAAGAAAGUUGAAGGUGUGUGUGUGGAAGGGAUAUUAAGAAGGGGCAGAAGUUGGGGGGAAACAAAAGUUCUGUUUUUUUUUUGUUUUUUUUUAUUAGUAGUAGUAGUAGUAGUGGCAUUUAUAAGGCGCGGGAAGUGUUGUGAUUGCAGUCUGGUACUGUUGGUACUUUUUGGUGCGGUGAGUUCUGUAGUAACCGCUGUGUAUGCUACCUUCUGAUGUGGCAAUGGCUUUGUGUGCAGUCUGGGACUGUGGCAAGUGAAAUCUGGUACUGUGGGUGCAAUCCCGUGCUGUGCAUGUCACCUAUUGCUGUGGCCAAAUGUAACGCGAAAUGUAGAUUACACUUUUUAUUUUUUAUUCAGUGUUAGUGCCUUGAUCAUGGGUGUACUAAUGGGGUGCAUUGAGUAGUGUUAAUAUUAAAACAGAUUAGACAUUGCAAUACUUAAAUCAGACAAUGUCAACUUGAUUCUUUUAAUAAGAUUUUGCAUCAGGUUUCUUAACUCUUCGCCUGCUGCCGCUUCAUGUGAUAAUGACUAAUCCCCUCCCCUUAAUGACACUGUCAAAAUGGGGCCGAGCAUGGAGAAAAUAUUCCUGCGGACGCCCAUGUUCCCAGGCUGUAUAAUUGGAUUUUUAAUUAUUUAUAAAAGUGCUGAUUUUUCAUAGAAAUUGGUGCUUUUACAAAUUGUCAUUAUUAUGAGGCACUCCUCACACAUAAAGCUCUUCAGCUGGAGUGGUCCUUUUAAGGUGUUAAACAUGCCAUAUUGGGAAAGGAUUACAUUUGCCUUUUUAAUUAACAGUUUGUGCUAAGUAAGUGGCGAUGUUACUAAAUUACAGCCUAAUUGUACCUGUGCUUCCCUACAUGGUAAUGUUAGAGUGCUAUUCAGUCUGACUGAAGGGUUUCCUGAAGCCAUGAUGUGUUCUACAAAGGUGGAUUUUGAUUUGGAUAGGCUUUGUUAAUUACUUGUACAGAAAUUCUCCAUCCAGAUCUAUGUCCUUAUGGCACCUGAAAUGCCUCUAAUUACAAGGCAUAUAGAGUGCAGCUUAGUAUGUUGAAAUAUUAAUAUAAUUUCUUUCCCCUAAUGAUUUAUAUUCUGUAUAGUUCAGCUUAUACAUUUUACAAGUUAAAGCACUAUUUCUGUAUUAAUUGGGUAAAUAUACACCUGAUCACAGCUCUGUAAAUUAUGGGGCUCCUUGCUGCUCACCGUUUAGUAAAGGGAGGGCAUAAGGGGGGGUUUACAACUUGCUUUUACUAAUAUGGAAGUCCUAUUUACACCUGUAAGCUUCAUUAAUUUAUUAUUAUUUCACUUUUUUUAAUGCGAUGCUAGCAAGCUUUGGCCAGCCGCCACAUGGUUAACCCUUGCACUGCAAGUUGUUUUUUUAUGUUUUUGUUUCGUUGUAAUAAACUACUAUGCUACUAGCAUGCAAAUAGUACUUCAAAUCAUCAUUUGCUUGUCUAAAAGCAUGUAAAUGGUAAUUUGCAACUGUGCAUCCUGCUAGAUGCAUAUGGUCCUUGUUGUGUUUUCAAAUCGGUGCUUUGAUUGAUUUGUGUUUUUGUUCAAGAAACACAUUGGAAAGACUGGGAAGAAAAAAAAUUUGGAACUAUUCUAGAUUCCCACACUAGUGAUGUUGCGAACCGUUCGCGAACUUCCCGCGAGUGGUUCGCCGCGAGCUCCAGUCAGCUGACACAUCCCGGCCAAUCUCCAGCAGACCCUCCCACCUCCUGGACAGCAUCCAUGUUGAAGGCAGCUUCAACAUGGAUGCUGUCCUGGAGGUGGGAGGGUCUGGGAGGGAGGGUCUGCUGGUGAUUGGCCAGGAUGUGUCAGCUGACCGGAGCUCGCCCGCGGCGAGCCGUUCGCAGGAAGUUCGCGACAUCACUAUCCCACACAUUAUGAAUUCUAGUAUGUUAGAUCCCUGGCCGGAUGGUUUUACAGCGUAUUUUUAUGAAUCCUUUGAGACCGUGAUAACUCCUAUAUUAUUAAAAACAUUCCUUGAUAUAACCACUUCUAAAAGCUUUUCCUCUGAAAUGCUAAAAGCUACGAUCUCCCCAAUUUUAAAACCUGGGAAAGACCAACACUAUAUAUCUAAUUACCGUCCGAUCUCUUAUUAAUUUGGAUAUAAAAAUCUUUUGAAAAAUCUUAGCGGAUAGAUUGACUCAGAUAAUCUCUGAGUUAAUUCAUUUAGAUCAAUCAGGAUUCAUAAGAGGAAGAUUAGCCAGUGAUAACCGUCGUAAGAUUAUGAAUAUGAUGAUAAAAGUUAGUUUAAACUAACAGGCAUUGACAACCUACAUUUUUGAAGAACAGACUCUGUAGGUUACCCUCCACGCGCCUCGCGCAACUGACCUCCCCUGUACAUAGGACCGGAGUUCGACGAGACUUCCUGACACUACAGUCUCCUGGACGCCACCAACCGGUUAAGGUUCAAACGUUGCAUUGACCCUCCCCCCACCCCCCUGAAACUACUCACCCCCACAUAGAACCCAUCCCUUCGACCGACUAAACCACGAGGGCCAAGAUGGGGUUCAGCCCAGCCCUACUCACAUAUUGGUCCAACAACACUAGGGGCCUUAACCAGCCAGAGAAGCGCUCUCACCUACUCCGCCGUCUCUGGGCGGAGAGAGUGUCCGUAGCGUUCCUGCAGGAGACGCACUUUCGGGGCCCAGACGCACCUAAAUUAGAAAACAAACGCUUCAGUCUGGCUUACUACGCCAACCACCCGGAUGCCAAGAGAGCAGGUGUAGCGAUACUCUUUGCACACACUGUACCCUUCAAACAUAUUGCAUCCCACACAGACCCUGGAGGGAGAUAUCUAUUUGUCAAGGGCACGAUAGCCGACCACACAUACACAUUCGCUAGCAUAUACUGCCCCAACCGCGGCCAACACACCUUUCUCUCCCGCACCCUAACCAAACUGAACAAAUUUAGAGAGGGUCUCCUGAUGGUAGCAGGGGACCUGAAUAUGCCACUAGACCCACACCUGGAUACAUCCCACGGAACUAGCACAAUAUCACCACACUGCGUACGGUCUGCCACCAAGGCACUGAACAGACUGGGCCUUGUAGAUUGUUGGAGGACCGCACACCCAGAUGACAGGGAUUACACACACUUUUCCCAUGUCCACCACCGCUACAGCCGCAUUGACUACAUAUUCAUGCCCCAAGAAUACCUUCCCCUACUACAUGACGCACAUAUUGGCCUCAUGACCCACUCCGACCAUGCUCCGGUUAAAGUUCGCACAGGCUCACCCCUCUAUAAACCGAGGAACAGACAGUGGAAGCUCAAUGAAACUUUGCUGAACGACCCGGUUUCCCGCGCAUCCGCACUUCAGACGAUCACACAAUAUUUUGACACAAAUGACGACCCGGACACACCCCCCCUGACGAUCUGGGAAGCACAUAAAUGUGUACUGAGAGGCCACUACAUUGCCGUCUGCACUCAGCGCAAAAAAGACAGACUCAAGCGCAUCAAUACCCUCACAUCCAAGGUAACCACCUUGGAAGCCACACACAAACAAACACUAGACGACCACACUUACCUUCAACUGACCGAAGCUCGGAGAGAACUUGGGGACCACCUCUCUCAGGGGCUGUUACAUACCCUGGCCAAAUCGGCCAGGUACUUCUAUGAACACUCCAACAAAAGCGGUCGCCUACUGGCAAAAAUGCUCCAGGCACGACGGAGGGCGCAACAUAUUCACAAGAUAAACACGCGAGAUCAGGGUGGCACUAGACACCCAGAAGGCAUUCUAGACGCAUUUCAGGCCUAUUACAAAGACCUAUACAACCAGACACUGACCACGCACGGGACAGCACAACAGACACACCAACGGAGGAUCUCAGACUACCUAGCCCAACACAUAACCAAAACGCUCUCCCAGGAACAAUCAGAGGACCUGGAGCAACCCCUAACGCUCGAGGAACUCAAGGGAGCCCUGAAAAGCAUGAAACCCCACAGAGCACCCGGCCCAGACGGACUGCCACUCUCCUACCUCCGCACUUUCAGCGACAUCCUACUGCCCAGGCUACUGGAAGGACUAAACUCGAUCCGCGAGGGCGGACGAUUCCCGACAGAUACCCUAGCCGCCACAAUCACAAUAAUCCCCAAAGAGGGUAAGGACCCGACUAAUUGCUCGAGCUAUCGCCCGAUUUCGCUCCUAAAUUCGGACCUUAAGCUCUUUGCCAAGGCCCUGGCCCGAAGGAUCUCUCCGAUCCUACCAGACCUUAUCCACCCCGAUCAAGUCGGGUUUAUUCCGGGCAGGGAAGCCAGAGACGACACGAUACGUGCACUCAACUUCAUCCACAUAGCGAAAACCAGGAAACGCGAGACUGUACUGCUCUCGACGGACACCGAAAAGGCGUUUGACCGAGUAGACUGGACAUACCUCACAUCCACCCUUCACCACCUACAAUUCGGUCCCCAGCUAUGCAACUGGGUGUCAGCACUGUAUACGACGUCGCGGAUCCGCAUUAACGGAACCCUCACGCAAGCUUUCCCCAUCAGCAAUGGCACACGCCAAGGCUGCCCCCUGUCCCCCCUCCUGUUUGCCCUCUCUCUAGAACCAUUUCUGGAGGCGGUCAGACAGGACGGGGGCAUUACGGGGAUGACACUGGACGCAGAGGUACACAAGGUGGCAGCGUACGCGGACGACAUGCUGUUCUUCCUAGAACAACCCCUCAUCUCCAUCCCUAAUCUCCUCCAGGCGUUCCGCGACUACCGCCAAGUCUCCAAUUUGAAACUAAAUCUAGACAAAUCUGAAGCCCUGCCCUUACUAGACGACGCCGGGUUGGCCGAACGCCUGAACGCAAAGUUUGCCUUCGCGUGGCGAACGGUCAAGCUGAGGUACCUAGGCACUUGGCUGCCACGUGACCUCUCGCAACUUUAUCAACUGAAUUUCCCUCCCCUCCUCGCGAACAUCCAAAAGGAUCUCCUCAGAUGGUCCCCGCAAUACCUCACCUGGUUCGGCCGCAUACAAGCGUUGAAGAUGAACGUCCUCCCCAGACUCCUGUACCUAUUCGCGACGCUGCCUACCACAAUCCCACAAUCAUUCUUCCGCACCCUGACACGGGAAAUUCGAAGCUUUGUAUGGAACCGCUCGGUGUCCCGCAUACGCAGGACCACACUGGAACGGCCAAAGGUUGCGGGGGCAGCUGGGCUCCCCUCCGUGCAGCGAUACUACCAGGCCACACACCUGCAGAGGCUAGUUGACUGGCAUGCACGCCCAAGCACCAAACGAUGGGUGCUCAUGGAGACCCAGCAGUCGCAGGGCGCAAUCCCGGCCCGAAUCUGGCUUGGAUCGGCCACCCACGCGGAACUCCGAACACAAAACCCACUCAUUGAUGCCACCCUAGGAGUCUGGUGUAGGCUGCGCUUUUCCCACCAACUCACCACAUCACCUAACCCACUCACCCCGAUCGCUUACAACCCGAAUCUUGCGGGGGGCCUCCCCCCCGCGGCCUUUCGGAACUUCCUCCAGACGGACUGGAUCUACUUACACCAAUGGAUCAUUGGCAGGACCCUCAAGCCAUUGCCCGACGUCAUCACUACCCAGCAACCGACCCCGCUUGAUAGGUUCCGCUUCCACCAGGUUAAAACCUACUACACGACCCUACAGGGCAAAGACCACAUCCACAGACAACUGACUGACUUCGACAGGAAACCUAUAGAACAUGCGAUAUCAUACCUCUACACAAGCCUACAGUCACUGAGCAAUGACAGCCCACUCGGGUUUACAGAAAAAUGGGAACGUGAGACGGGCACACACUUGACUACCCAAGAAUGGGAGAAAAUCUUUCUAUUGACACACAAAUGCUCCAUAAGCUCCAAAUACCAAGAGAUGAGCUAUAAAUUACUCACACAAUGGUAUAGGACCCCGGAGGUACUAAAACAUAUGCACGACACAGCCUCUGGGGAAUGCUGGAGAUGUAAUUCCGCCCCUGGCUCCAAUCUCCAUAUAUGGUGGUCAUGCCCCCGCAUAGUCCCGUUCUGGAAACUGAUACACACAAAGAUUAAGGAAAUCACAGACUCUGACCUCCCACUACAACCACUGCCAAUGCUACUCCACCACACAGCCACUUCUACACAACAAUACAAGAAAUCCCUUACGAUACACCUGCUCUCCGCCGCUAAAAGCCUCAUUCCACUACAUUGGAAAAGCCGCACAGUACCCACCUACACACAGUGGGUGGAUAGGGUGGAGGAAAUCCACAAUAUGGAAAUGAUGACUGCGUCCCUGCGGGAACGCUCGGACAAAUGUGCCCUCCUCUGGUACCCCUGGACUACCUACACGGCACAGAGACGGACUUGACCCCCAAACUCGCUCCUCCAAGCGAAUCCUGAUAUACCCACAGUUAAUCCCACCCUGACUCCACUGUUAGACCCUAGACCUCCAACUCAGACUCCCUCCCUCCCCCCUUCCCCCCUUGGCAAAACAGUGCCAAGACCAGACAUCACCAGAACCUCGAAUGCCCAUUAGACUGAGCACUCAAAAAUCGAUCACAUACGUAGCUUUCGCCCUCCCCCCCAAGCAAGACGUCAACACACCAAAAAUAAUGGAGUAUAACCGCAAGUCCCUGAAUAACAUAAAACCGCCUAAAUUUCAAAGGGCACACCUGCGCAGCGCUCUAUGCCCCCGACUGAGAAACUCCCUGGCGGACACGCCGCAAGUUAAAAAUACACUGACCUAGGGAAACACGCUGAACGCAGCCCUAUACCACCAACAGAAACGACACACUAUAAAGGUUUAUGUAAAGUAUUGUAACCUGAUAAUUGUCAACCCCCUUCCCUCCCCCACCCCUUUCUCUUUUUUCUGUCUCCCAUCCUGACUUGAAAAACUCAAUAAAUAAAGAAUGUCAAAAAAAAAAAAAAAAAAAAAGUUAGUUUAAAAAAAAAUAAAAUAAAUUCUCUUCCUGCAGUUUUUAUAGCUGUCGAUGGCGAAAAGGCAUUUGAUAGGGUAAAUUGGAAAUACUUGUCUGCUACACUUUCCGCAUUUGGGAUUGAGGGAUCCUUUAAAGAUCUAACAAUGUCUUUAUAUUCUACUCCUAUGGCAAAAAUCUAUGGCAACGGCCUAGAUUCUGACUGGUUUACUAUAAAUAAUGGAACUCGUCAGGGAAGCCCUUUGGCUCCCCUUCUUGAUAUUCUCUCUAUUGAACCGCUGACAGCGUAUACAAGACAAAAUCACAAUAUCACUGGGGUGAAAUUAGAUAGUCAAGAACAAAAAAUAACUGUUUCGCUGACGAUAUAAUUAUGACAUUAACAAACCCUGAGUCUUCUAUACUAUCUGCACUACAGUGUAUAGAAGAAUAUAGUAGAUUCUCUAAUUAUUAAAUCAAUAUGCAAAAAACACAAGUUUUACACCAUAAUAUUUCAAGCUUAUCUAUAGGAAAUUUAAAUAAUAAUCAUAAACUAAAUAUGUCUAAUAAUUUACGUUACCUGGGAAUAAAUACAAAUUUUAAGAUUGAAGAGUGGACCAUUGAUUACUACAAUCUAAUUUUCAAAGAAUUUAACAACUAGCUCUCAAAAUGGUCCAAACUACAAAUAUCUUGGCUGUGAAGAAUACAUAUUAUGAGAGCAUACUUUCUCCCAAAAUUGGAAUAUCUUUUUCGUACUAUUCCUCUUGGAGUACCAAAAAAGAUACUUCAACUAUUCCAUGGUUUAUUCCUAUCCUAUAUAUGGGGCAAUAAGAAACCCAGGAUUGCGUUUGUAGUUAUGACAGCUAGAUUAAAAGAAGGAGGUUUAUCUUUCCCGAACAUAUUUCAUAUUCAUGAUACGGUAAUGUUUUCACACUAUUUAGAAUGGGGAAACAAUAAUUCAAAGUUGAAAACAUGGUAUAUUUAUGAAAAGAGACUGUGUGGUACCUUCGACCUGUUUAAUCUGUUUUGGGUGGAUAAAAAAGUUUCAAAAACCUGCAUAUGGAUAAUUUAAUCAUCUCUCAUAUUUACCAAUCUAUCAAACCGAUAAAGAAAUAUUUUUUUUCUCCCAAAAUCUAAUUUCUGCAAAUGGCCCUCUGGAAAUUUUUGACUUUUUUUUUUUUUUUAUUAUUCAAGGCUAGUGAUGUCCCGAACGGUUCGCUGAACGGUUCGCCGCGGACUCAUCAUUGAGUAAACUUUGACCCUGUACCUCACAGUCAGCAGACACAUUCCAGCCAAUCAACAGCAGACCCUCCCUCGCAGACCCUCCCACCUCCUGGACAGCUCACUAAGAAUGCAGCUUCAAAAUGGAUGCGGUCCAGGAGGUGGGAGGGUCUGCUGCUGAUUGGCUGGAAUGUGUCUGCUGACUGUGAGGUACAGGGUCAAAGUUUACUCAAUGAUGAGUCCGUGGCGAACCGUUCACGACAUCACUAUUCAAGACCUUAAUUUAGCUGAAUGGUAAGCUAGAGAUAGAAUAAAAAUUAAGGAACUAUUCAGUACCUCUGGGAUCAAUAGUUUUUUGCAUCUCCAAGAUAAAAUAGGACUACUGAAUAAAGAAUACUUUACUUAUCAAAGAGUAUGAGACUUUCUUCACAAGAUACUUAUAAUUAGGGAUUCACCCAUGGAUAAGAUUCUUUUUGGACAGGCUAAAAUUAAAUCCUCAGUAGUUAGAAGAUCCUUGGAAACAUUAAAUCAGGAAGUUAAACAUACUACUAUUUCGAAAUGGGAAACUGGUUUAGACAAAUUAUUCUCCUGCCAGGAAUGGUUAAAUUCUUUUGAUGCUUUAGGAAAAACGAUACAUUGCACAAAUACACCGGAAACCUUUCUUAAACUCACACAUAGAUGGUACAUGGUCCCUACAAAAACAUGUAAAUUUCAACCAAACUCCUCUGAUGUUUGCUGGCGUUGUAAUAAUGAACGGGGUUCACUUAAACAUGUUUGGGAUUGUACUGGUUUAGAUGCCCUUAAAAGAGGUUUCUAAACUUCUUGAGGAUUUAAAAUUGAAUACUGUCUUAUCACCAGAAAUAUUUUUAUUCCAUCUAGACCUGCCAAAAAUGGAUAAACCAUCUCAAUAUUUGACUAUUCACAUAUUAAACUAUUUAUAGCAAGAUAGUGGAAACGGAAUAUACCUCCCUCUAUAACGGAAAUUAAAACCCAGAUCCAAUAUCAAGGUCAAAUGGAAAAGGCAGUUUAUUUUAAUGACAACAAUAUCGGCUCUUAUAAUAAGAUAUGGAUAAAAUGGUUUGCUUACUAUAAAGAAUGAGUUCUCCAUAUCUAGGUAAAUGAGUGAUCCUGGUUUGACUACCCAUAUAUGGCAAAUUACUAACAAUUAUCUCCAAAAAUGGCUCCAAUAAACUAAUUUAUUAAAGAAAUAAUGUUUACCGCCCACUUAUCCUGUUCUAGAUGGAUGACCCUAAGCCCUUAGGCUGUCUUUUUAUAUUUUUAUGUAGUAUGUUUUAUUUAUGUAUAUUGUACCUUAUAAAUUUUGAAGACUUAAAACCCUUCGAUAAGGAGCUCAUCUCAAGAGCAUAUUUAUUUAGAUCUUAAUGUUUAAAGAAUAUUAAUUAGAAUAAUAAAAUUCACUAAAAAUUUCAUAUAAUAUUGAAAUAUAUCAAUGUUGUUGUAUCUGAACUGAAAGAUGAAAUUGCACUUAAAUAUGUAAUAUUUGUUUAAUGUUUGUUAAAAUUUGUAAAAUUACAAUAAAAAUUUAUUGAAAAAACAAAAACAAAUAGGUGCUUUGCCCACAUCACGAAUAUAUAUAUAUAUAUAUAUAUAUAUAUAUAUAUAUAUAUAUAUAUAUAUAUAUAUAUAUAUAUAUAUAUAUAUAUAUAUAUAUAUUUAUUUUAUUAUUUUUUAUUUAUUUAUUUAUAUAGUGUUUUGGGUGCAAGAAUCACUGAUUUGAAAUUGGAUACCAAAUACAUCUGGCCAAUUUGUUGCAAAUUUGGUCAGUGACUAUAUUCCGAAUGCAUUUAGCCUUCGUAGAUGAGAAUUAAGACUACGGUUGGAAUUUUGCCAUUUUCACUGGGUUCAAGUUUAGCGUAAUGUUCUAUAUGCAAGAUGUUUUCUAUACCAGACUUCUAACUUGAGAUCCCCCCCCCACGUUUGUGUUGUUACUUGAUACAUCCUUUAGUAAAGGGUUAGAAUGUUUCAGAGCAAAAACAAGCGUGGUGAGCUCAUUUGGCAUCUUAUUGAAGUCCACUAUAUUUUAGUUAGUUCUUGUGAGUUUCGCGGACUUGUACAAAACCAUUUACUCCAACGUGCAUUUUAACACUAUGAAUGCAUUGAUGUAUACAGUCUUAAAGACCCAGUGAACGUUAAUAAAAGAAAGAAAAGGUUGCUGAUGUUCAUAAAAGAAAAAUGUAUGUGUCAGUAGCUACUGGUUUUUAUUUGUGUUUUUGUUUUGUUUUUUUUCUUUUCCUUCUUUUGUCUAAUCACAUACUGCAUUGAAACCAAAAGCACUGAUCAUGACAGCAUCAGCUGCGCAUACAGAUGUUUCUAGGGGCGUAUUGUCAGAGAACAUCUAUAUUUGGGAAAUUUUAUUGCUAUCAGUAGAAAUGUUUAGAUACAAAAAGAUUAUUAUUUUUUGGUGUGUGUGUGUGAUGCUGAUUAUUACUAUUCACUUUGGCAUUCAAAUUUGUAUAACAUAUUUUAUUUUUCAGGCAAAGUGCUUUCUCACACUAACCCUGGAACUCCAAACAGAGCAAUAACAAUAAGCGAGAGCACAGUCAUCGGGACAUCUUUGGCCUCCACAACACAAACAUCCAACAAAAUUGCUAUAUCCCCACUGAAAUCUCCUCCUAGCAAGGUAAAUGCUUAUUGUGUGUUUUUAAACAUGAAGCCAUUGUAUGUUAAAGGGUUUUAUACGCUUUAUGAGUUGGUGAGAGUAAAUAAAUGGUGAUCAUUUUGGGUAUAUAGAGAACCCUCUACUAUAAUGUAAUUUGUAUGGGAUUUGGUGAACCAGAGCUUGUAAGACUUUAUGCUCUAGAAUUGAAAAAGGUGGACUAAUGGAACAUUUUAGUAAAUAAAAAUUAGUACUAUUUAGUAGAAAUACCCUAAUGAAAACACAUGCAUUUAUUCUGCAUUUUUACUUUGGGGUAUAUCUAAAAACAUCUUGCAAAAGCUGCCAGAUCGUUUAUAUGGGACCUUUGCAAGUACACCCCUUAUUUAUUUAUUGAGCUGUAAUUCAUACCCUAGCCAGGCGAGCGCCCUUUCAUGCAUGUGCAUUAUUGGAGAACUGUGUGGUCCAAUGCACGACUCUCCGAUGAUGGCUGCCUACCAUGUCUCAUCAAUUCCAAAGUUUGUUUCAGUAACUUGGUGGGGAAGGCAUGAAGAGAUGUUUGCUGAAGUUUAGUUUGCAAAAAGAUUGAAUUUUUAAAAUUUAUUUUCUUAAUAUUGUUUUUAAAAUGUAAGCUGUGAAGAAAGGUUAACAAAUUUAAACCUCUUUAGUUUAGAAGGACAUCACCUCAGAUUGAAUAUGAUACUAUUAUACAAAUAUAUCCGGGGCCAAUACAAACUAUUGUGUGGAAAUCUUUUCACAAACCAGACUAUACAUAGGACACAAGGUCAUGCGUUUAGACUGGAAGAAAGAAGAUUUAGUCUAAAGCAACGGACAGGUUUUUUUUUUUUGUUUUGUUUUUUUUUAAACUGUGAGAACAAUAAGGAUAUGGAAUUCUCUGCCUGAAGAAGUGGUUUUAUCAGUGUCCAUACAGAUGUUUAAACCACAACUAGAUGCAUACUUGCAAAAAUAUCAUAUUCAAUUAUAUAAUUUUUCAACUGUUAGUUUCUUGAUCCAAGGAUUAUUCUAUUACCUGACUGCCAUUCUGGGGUCGAGGGAUUUUUUUUUUUUCCUUGUUUGUUGCAAAAUUUGAAGUGCUUCAGAUUUGUUUGUUGUUUUUUUUGGCCUACUUUUGGAUCAACCGCAUUAAACAAAUGUGAGGAAGUCUGAACUUGAUAGACACGUUUCUCUUUUCAGCCUAUGUAACUAUGUAAUUGUCAAGAAUGUCUGUAUUGUCAAAAAUUAGAACUGUAAUCCCUCCCCAUCUUACUGGAAUCGGUGUCUAUUAUCUUGUAAAUCUUUCUGGAAUUUUAUUAUUUAUUCUAGUUAUAAUAUCUGCUUACACCUGUGACUAAAAAUAUUUUUAGUAAACAACACCGCACAUUAAUGUGAGGGGUACAAGAAGUAUCAGACAUAAAAUGCACGUUCAAUUUAUCAAUGCUCUUUUAGUGGCUAUAUAUGUGCAUAGUAAAAACGGUGAUGUUUGUUCUCUUGAUAUUGUCCUCUUUUUCUUAAACUGCUUUCUAAAGAACACAUAUAUAGCGACACUAGCAGAGAGUAAAGAUGGUGUUAGCGAAUCAAAUCCUGACCGUCACCUUUGCUUAGGCAAAGUCCAGGAUAUGCACCAGCUACCUGUAGUUGUCAAUGUUGUCCACUAAAUGACACGUCCCAACUUCCUUUGUGGCCAGCUUAGGGCAGAAACUGUGUGAUUUGAAACCUUGUUGUCCUUUUAUGACCCUUCUCACUUAUUCAUCAGGAAAGACAGCACCUCUCUUUGCCCUUAUUACAAUCCUUGUCUCUUAGGAAAUAUUGUAUCUCGGGCCUUGUCUGCUAUUAUCCAGUAAGGGCCUUUGAGGUUUGGGCAGAGAACCAUCCCUUGAAUGUUUGGUGGGCCUGCGAUAUUCCUGGUAACUGAAUUUAUCAAGUGGCGUCCAGCAAAAAAAAGACCAAUCGUCAUCUUGGCCAUCCUCUAGCUUUAGAUUUUCACUUGAAAAGUUAUUUGUAUGACUGUAACCAGAAAGCAAUAAAAAACUGCAAAAACAUUUUUAUCAAAUGGCAAGGAAUGGCGUUUCCCAUAUCUUCAAAAAAUAGCUGUUCAUAAAAGGAAGGGCUUGAUGUAGACCAAAAAAAUACAGAAUUAAAAAAAAAUGAAGAACAUGCAGGUAAGGAAACCCAGUCCUGGCCAUUGGAUCAAAUGACCUUUUACCUUGGUAAUCCUAGCAUUUUCUUUAAGAUGUAAUAAUUAAACUAAAGAUGGACAUAAAUCUUGACAGAACUUGUCAUCUUUGUUGUGUUUUGUACAUCUUGGGAUAAUCUAACUUCUCUAUUUCACUCUGCAGCUUACAGUGGUUUCUGUUGCCCCUCAGCCUCCCAACUCUCCUCAGAAGGCAGUUGGUGUUCCCAUAACUGUGGCCCUUGGUCAGCAGCUUCUGACUGUACAGCAAUCAACUGCUUCUCCAGCUAAAGCCAUCACUAAUAGUACAGCUGCAAAGGUACAGAACAUUACAUCAGUUCUGUGUCUUUUUACAGAAGCAGGAUGGUGUAGUAGGGUAAUGGUCUGAGUGAGUGCUUCUGGUGGAAUGUCCUAUAGAUAAAUAGCGAGUAAUCUUCUUUCCUGCUCUGCAGAGUGUAAAGCCCGGAGUCCAGACGAUAGCUGUUGGAGGAGUGAACCCACCACAGUUCAAAACAAUCAUCCCUCUUGCUGCUGCUCCAAAUGUCCAACAGAUUCAGGUUCCUGGUAGCAAGUUUCACUAUGUCCGGCUUGUUACUGCCUCUACAGCCAACACCUCAACAUCUUCCAGUCAGAACCCCAGCACCAGCACGCAGCCUCUCCAGCAAGGUAUAUAACUGUUUGUAAUAUGGGUUUGUUAGUUUUUGUUUUUUUGCAGGCUGAAUUCUUGUCUUAUUCUACUAGCAGCAGAAAAGCUCAGAGUAUUAUUAAGGUGACUCUUUUGUUGUGUCUCCUGCAAUCUACAUUUAGAGGUACAAACUGUGCAUAAUGCUCAGCCAUAAAGGAGCUCUCACGGAACCCUAACUACUUCAAUGUACCAUCAAUGUAAGCCCUCCAUGGAUGCUGGGUUCCGCAUCACUGCUAAACAAUUUACUUGCUGUUUAGCAGAAAUGCUUGGUCCUGGCAGCCCCAGUCUGGCCACCAAUUAUAAUAUGGUAGAGGCAGAACAUAAGCUGUGCCUCACCGCAUACUGCUUCAUACUGAGGAUUUGGGUAGUGAUUGGCUGAGAGAGCUAAGCUGAAGCUCUCUGCCUAUCACUGCCCUAGUAUGGCAUGAAACAGAGCAUAGCUCCACCUACACAAAAUCUUCACUAGCAGAGGUUCUCAGUGCCCUGCAGCCCAGCCUUUAAACGGUGAUAAAGCAUUUAGCAGAAUGUUCAGGCACUCUAACCACAGUUAAAUUGUCCCUUUAAAGGAGCACUCCAUUCACUUGUUGUGGUCUAUAGCCUGUAGUGCCCUCGGGAAACCUACUGUCACCUUCUUUCUAGCUGGAAGCUGACACAUUCAGCCAAUGAGAUGGCCUUGCAUGACAAUGGAAGCUUUUUGAAGUAGCCUAAUGCUCCAGUCCUGUGUUGGAGGGCACCUUUCAGACACCUGAUGGGUUGUCAAACCAAUAGUUUUUUUAUCUUUUUUUCUGACCCCCUAAGCAAAAUAUUUAAAAAGUACUAAGAUUUAUUUAGCUCUUGCACUAGACAUCGAAUCAGUUGUGUGUGUUUUUCCUAUACAAUGUUUCUAUAUAUUUUUGUUUUUCUUUCUUUAAUUUGAUUUAAUGAACAGUCCCAAUCACUUAACAUUUCCAGUUCCUCUGUGCUCCACCUCUUUAUUUUAAAAGUAGUCUGGUUAGUAAUAGUGACAGAUGUGUUUUUGACCUAGUCUUAAUCCUGAUCAAGCUGUAAUACAAGCCUGACAAUCCUACAUUUAUCCUAUGGUUGUUUUUUUCUUUCAUGUGUAUAGAGAAUCUUUAUCCUUGAAUAACCAGUCAACUCUUAAAUGAAUAGUGUAUUAGAAUAAAAAGUACAUUAAUUAAUUAAACUUUUGUUUGUUUUUGUCUCUUUCCAUAGCCAAACCUGUACUAGUUAAUGCAACAUCUGUACGGAUGUCUGUUCCCAUUGUCUCGGCACAGACUGUCAAACAAGUGAGUGUAGUAGUUGCUUGUAUUCUUACACAACGAUUACAUUAAUACAUAGUGUAGUGUACUUACACUUCAUAUCAUGUUUGUCUCUUGAGGUGGCCCCAAAACCAUUAAGUUCAUCUUCACAGAUUGUCACAACAAGUCAACCACAGCAGAGACUUCUAAUGCCAGCUACUCCUCUGGCACAAAUCCAGCCAAACCUCACCAAUCUUCCCCCGGGUACUGUGCUAGCCCCUGCUCCGGGAACAGGAAACGUUGGAUACGCCGUCCUCCCUGCUCAAUAUGUCACUCAGGUGAGCUCAAGUUAACAUUGUUAACCAAAUUUAAAAACAAAUGUUUUGUAUUUUUAAACACACUGAUCAUGAGAUCCUGAUAUUUAUGCUGUACUCCCAGAAUUCAGUGAUGCAAUAUGCAGAUUAGCACAGUCUCUAUGGGUUUCCUUAGCAAUGGCCUUUUUUUUUUUUGGUCUAAAACACGGAUUUACUACAGGAGUCCGCAACCUUCGCCCUGCCGGCCUUAUAAGGCCCACUUCCAGCAAUUUUAUGGGCUGCAAUUGCCCAUGAUAAAAUUAUGGGCAUCUGGUCCAAGCCUUGGGUGUCAGAGAAGGUGUGUGUCAGUAAGGUUUUGUGUGUAUCACUGAGCUUGUCAAGUGUUAAUUUAAUAUAAAAUGUUAUAUAAAAAAAUGAUAAAUAAAUUACUUUAAUUUAUAAGGCUCAUACCGGUAAUCUCAUUGGACUACAGAUUGUGUUUACCCCAAAAAACAGUGUUGCUAAGAUUUGUAGACCAUAACAGAGAGGUAGAUCUGUGUGUGUCUAUGUAAAUGGCGAAAAAUUAGUCCUUGUUAUUGUGGAAACUUUGUAAAAGUAAAAAGAAUAUGAUUUUUUUAUUAUGUGGCUCUUUUUCAUUAUGCAGUUGCAACAAUCCUCUUAUGUGUCCAUUGCAAGCAAUGCAGGAUUACCGGGAACCCCCAGUACACAGAGCCAGCCCAGAGUGCCACUCAAUGGGUAGGUGUUAGAGCAAUUCCUGUUCCUUUUACCUACAAAAGCAGGGGCUUAUGGCUAAUGUUACAAUAAGAAACCUGAUCAAAGUCUAAAGAGAAAUCUCUUUUAAUAAACUGGAAAUUUAGAGAAUGCAAAUUUGUCACAAUAGCUGGCAUAGGAAAAUAGCAAUAUUGACCUAAAAUGUGGUGGUUUCACAAAUUUACUGAAUACAUAAUUGUAAGUGGUGUAUUAUGGUGGAAUAAUGCCAUCAAGGGUUCUGGAGACAUAAUAAACUACAAAACUGAAUAAAAUGUUUAUUUUUAAAUGUCUCCAGAAUUCUAAGAUGGCAUGACUUUUUCCUUGUACACACAUCAAAGUUUUGCAUCUUUUUAUACGACAUGAUAUUUUUAGGUUAGGGUUUGAAGUAUUAAGCAUUAGGAGUAAUAUUUCGUGUUGGGGUAGCAUAGGUGUUCAUAUUUUGUGUAGGGUAGGGGUUACAUUACUGGUCAGCAUCUGUAGGGCAAGGAUGUCGAAGUCUGCCCCCUGGAUGUUGUUAACCUACAACUCCCAGAAUUCUUUGCUUGCAGUAGAAUGCCAGAGGAUCCUAGGAGUUGUAGUUCGGAAACCUCUAAGGGACUGGUGUUGUAGUUACCUGCUCUUUGGACAUUUCAAGAGAUAUCAAUCUUUUGCAGCUUGAUAGAUUUGCUCAGCUUUUCAGGUGUUUGACUAUUUCCAGUUACUCUACAUUGUCACCUUGUUUUUAUUUUCAGAAUCAUUUCUUCAGAAUCAACUAGUCGCCCAAGAAAACCAUGUAACUGUACAAAGUCUUUGUGUUUGAAACUGUAAGUAGCAUUUAACUCCUUCAUUCACAGAUAAAUUAUCUUACCUUAAACCGACUCAAGGCACCUGUUCCCAACUUCAAACAAGUACCUGCCUCUUUUCUGUGUUCACCAUGUCCAAAUAAUAAUGUAAGUUAGUCGUCCUUAAAACCUCUCCAUUUUCAUUGGACCUCUUCAGGUUGUUCCUGAUCACAAAAUAUACUUUCAGAUACUGCAUUAAAUCUGAAUCUCAACCUUCAAGCUGAUUCCUUGGGUGUUAUGUCCAUAACACCAGACCCUUUGCAUUGAAGUACCUGAUCAUUUCCUUCCCUCACAUUUAUGCUUCACUGCCUGGAGGUUAUUGAGAACUAACAGAGCCAUUAUGGUGGUAUGUCCUAAAAGGGACACUACAGGCACCCAGACCACUUCAUCUAAUUGAAGUGGUCUCGGUGCAGUGUCCCUGUCCCACUAGUCAGCAAUGUAAAACAUUGCAGUUAAGAAACUGCAAUAAUUUCCUUGUAGGACUAAGACUGCCUCUAGUGACUAUCAGACCGCCACUAGAGGCGCAUCUGGGAUUCUAACGGACUCUGAGUCCCUUAACCAACACUGGACAUCCUCCUAUGCAUGAGGACAUCCAGUGCCAUUUAAAUAACCUUAGGAAAGCAUUGAGGCAAUGUUUCAUUAUGGGGAGUGCUUAAUGCGCUCACCGUGCAUACCCAUUGGAUAAUGUUGGAGGCAUUGUGCCGACCCAUCACCUAUGGGACACAAAUUAUAUUUUAACCCUUUGUGUACCUGGGAUUGUGGGGGUCUGUGAGAGAGGGAGAACAAUGGGCCCUAGUGUUACGAUUACAGAUUUGAAUUUCUGACACUGUAUAAUCCAUUUAAUGUAAUCGGCAGAUUUUCAUGUGAGAGAGAGACAUUGUUGAAUUGUGUACCAGAAAGAAACACUAGCCAUAUGUGUUCAGUUAUUUUCGUGUUGGACUUUUCACUUAAUUUUUUUGUCUCCAAAAUUUCAGGUACUGUGACUGCUUUGCCAAUGGUGAGUUUUGCAACAACUGCAAUUGUACAAACUGCUACAACAACCUUGAGCAUGAAAAUGAAAGACAGAAAGCAAUCAAGGUAAGAUGAACUGACUUGUUCUCAUUUCUCUUGUGUAUUGAAUUUACUUGUAUCUGCUAUAUGUUAUCUUUAUUGAAGUGAGAUUUAUUUCCAAAUAGAACUGUUUGUGUAUUUUUUUGUUUAAUUUCUAUAGAUUGCGAUUAUAACUAAAUGUGGAUGUGUGUUUGGGCCUCUUUUUAGGAUGAUUUGCAGAGCAACUGUCUCAUCCGUUAUUUCUUGUUUUUUUUUUUUUGUUUGUUUUUUUCAUUUUUCUUUAGUUUAGCACAUAACACUAUGAUGAUAUUAAUGUUAAUAUCGUUCUUGUGUGUUUACCAGCAAUUCUUCACAUUUCUAGGACCACUCAGCUUGUGAGUCCAGUUUGUGGGAAAUGGGAAUAUUCUGCAGCAAACUCGCAAAGGAAACUAUAUAUUUAUGUCGACCAAUUUUCUAGUAAUUUAUUACUCUGGCAUAAGUAAUACCUCAUUUUACUUGCUGACGUCAAAAGCUUUGUGCCUUUUAGAACUUAAAUUCCAGACACAAUUUUUACUAAGCACACUUGGUGUAAUAAAGUAAGGUCUGUUAUAUGUAUUUACCAAUCUAGCUGUUGCUUGUAUUUGUUGUUCUAUCUAUCUACAUACAUGUUUAUUAAUUGUUGUGCAUUAUUAAAAUGGGUUGCGAAAUUCUUCCUAGUGUAAACAAUAUUUAUUUAUUCAUAAAAUAUUUUACCAGGAAGGAUACAUUGGGAUUUCUUUAGUUUUUUAAGUAUGCCCAGUGCCCACAAACAUUGCAUUGCUACAAUAGGGUACAAAGUAACAUUAAAAAUAAAAAAGUAAUAUAAAAAUAAAUACAAUAUAAUAUUAAAAAUAGUGAUCUUAAAAUACACAUACAUUUAACCAAGAACUAGUAAGAAAUAUAAUGCAAGACUGUGUUGUAGCGUAACCUGUUAAAAGAGAAAGUCGGUUGAAGUGCGCUAGAACUGAUGUUGCGGUAGGCCAGUAAAUAAGUGGGCCCACUCUAGUAGAAUAUAAGUGAAUAAAGAGAGUGGAGGGGGGGCAUGCAGACCGCCAGACCAUUAACGGUAGGGUAGGAAAGGGGGGAGUUUCUUAUGUAGGUCACACAAGCCCCUCCUACAACUCCAGACAAAGCCUUAACAUUUGUGUUCGGGUCAACAUCGAUAUGGUUAAUGCAAGACUGUUGUAGCGUAACCUAUUACAGGAGAAAGUCGGUUGAGGUGUGCCCGGAACUGACGUUGCAGUAGGCCAGUAUAUAAAAAUGGGCAAAGAGGAAGAAAUACAAUGGCGUUGUAGAUUUAUUGAGAUAAUGAACAUAAUGCAAAGUAAAUUACUUUACGAUUAUAUUUUAACAAAAGCCUUCCGCUUGACUAGAUAGGAACUUUUAAGGCAAUCGUGGGAGUUGUUUCUGCUGUUGAUGGUAAAUUCCUGUGUCCUAAGAAACCCAUAAAACGCCAGGUAAAUAGCGGUAUUGAUGUCUGUUAGUGAUGUGUUCAAAAGGGGCUGAGUCUAGUAAGUUGGACAUGUUUUUGAAUAAUUGCUUAUGGAUUGGCAACCUUUGUUGUGUGGUUGGACCGCUGGCUUUAGAUAUGCCUUUGAGUAUAGUUUUUAUUGGAUAAGACGAAAAGAAAAUUGGUAUUAUUUGGAAAAGUAGAGAACAUAUGAUGUUGGAUGCCAGUGAGGUAUAACUUGAUGCUAUUGUAAGAUAGCCUUAACUUAAGGUGGCAAGAAGUUGCGAAUGCUACCAGGGAUGUAAUAUCAAACAUUGUAUCUAUGUUGUGUUCCGCUAUGAAUCUCUUGUAUAAUAUGAAGUCCCUAUCAUAGGAUUGACUAGUGUUAGUUGAUAGCGCCAUUUUAGUUAAGACUUGGCUAUGGUUUAAUAACUAAUUUAGUCCAUGAUUAGAUCUUGGAAUGGUGGGGCGGAUGUGGCUAGGUGUGAGGCUGUAGGAAGAGUUUCUCAGAACUAGAUAAUUGGUCAGCUGCUGUAUUGAAAAUUCCAGGCACAUGACAACAAACUAAAUAAAAAUGAUGGCUGCUAACAAGUCCGUUUUCUGAUGAAUCUCAUUAUAGUCAAAGAGGAUGAACACCCUUUAUUUACGAUGUGUCAAAUUGCUUGAUUGUCAGAAAAACAUUGUACUGAACAGCCGGCCCAUAAAUGGCCCGAAGCUACCGCUGCAGCCACUAUUGGGUACACUUCAAAUAAGGCUUAGUUGCGAGAGAACCCUUCUAAAUUCACUACCCCAGGGUCAAUGAUUACCGAAUACGGCUGCAAAACCGGUGGUCACUGCUGCAUCUCUCCAGAUGAUGGGGGAACGUACCGAUAAUUGUGGGAGAAACAUACUCUUCCCGUUUAAAAUAAAUUUGCACCACAUGAGAAGGUCGGCAGUAGCAUGUGUGUUUAGAGAGAUACAACUGCUGGCAUUGGAAAAUUUGGGGAGCAAGCUAAGAAGUCUGGAGAUGAAGGCCGUACCCUGCGAGAUGAUGCCCAUCGCAAAAUUAAGGGAGCAUAGCAUAGAUUGUAACUCCUUGCGGUUAUAGGAACCGACCUGAAUAUAUUGGUCGAUGCUUUUAAGGAUAUUAUCAAUGUCCGUUUUGCUGAGCCAGGCCCCUAACCCUGCCAUAAUGACUGCAUCUAUUGCAUUGUCUGUUGUUGUGUACUGUAGUGAAAAUUCCUCUGAGAGAAUCAAUGAGUUAAGACUAGGGACUACUGAGGAGUGUGGUGUCGAGAGGUCUAUGAUCAGUCUUUGUUUUGAAGAGCUUUUCCCAGUAACUAACCCAAUUGGGUUUGUCAUAGAUUUAGAAAAUGAGGUUCCUGAAAAGUCUCUAAUAAAAACCCUUGACUCAAUUCUUGCUGUAAGAGUACCUCUAUGCCUUCGGUUGUUGCAUUCUAUAAUACCUGCUGGCAUGUGAAUAAUGCCUGAAUGAAAACCUUGUGUAAAACCUGGUAUUUUAAAUUAACCGGGUGUGUGGAUAGAAGGCUAGCUAGCGCACAAACAUUUACAGAGGCCAAAUAAUACAUUUUAUUGGGGCACAUGGAUUUCGCAUGUGCUCUGUAACAGUGAGAACAAACAUGCAAUAAGCGGCAAGCACUAUAACCACACAUACCUUCGUUUAAGGGAACACUAUAGUCACAUAAAUUAUUUUAGCUAAAUAAAGCCGUUUUAGUGUAUAGAUCAUUCCCCUGCAAUUUCACUGCUCAAUUCACUGUCAUUUAGGAGUUAAAUCACUUUGUUUCUGUUUAUGCAGCCCUAGCCACACCUCCCCUGGCUAUGAUUGACAGAGCCUGCAUGGAAAAAAAAACUGGUUUCACUUUCAAACAGAUGUAAUUUACCUUAAAUAAUUGUAUCUCAAUCUCUAAAUUGAACGUUAAUCACAUACAGGAGGCUCUUGCAGGGUCUAGCAAGCUAUUAACAUAGCAGGGGAUAAGAAAAUAUUAAUUAAACAGAACUUGCAAUAAAGAAAGCCUAAAUAGGGCUCUCUUUACAGGAAGGGUUUAUGGAAGGCUGUGCAAGUCACAUGCAGGGAGGUGUGACUAGGGUAUAAACAAAGGGAUUUAACUCCUAAAUGGCAGAGAAUUGAGCAGUGAGGCUGCAGGGGCAUGUUCUAAAGUUUUUCAUGUGACUAUAGUGUCCCUUUAAAUUGUUACAAAUUUGCAAUUUACCUAAAUAUACAAUUGGACGUCCAAGCUUAUCCUUAACUGGUUUGUCAGUCUUUGUGUUGGUGCCAGGGGUAGCCAUGUUAAGAGAAAGAUCGGGUGAGAUUGGACAAAAAAUUUGCGGAAUGCGAAUUGGAUGUGCAAAUUGCACAAGCUGGUGUCCUCAGUCCAGCAAAGUGUCUGCAAAAAAGCUCUGUGUCAAGUUGAUUCCAGUCUGUUCUAACAUUGAACUGGGCAAGAACUGCAGAUACGUUCACUGAAAAGGAUCGGUGGUACCCAAGUCCACCAGCUUGUGCAUGUAGAGAUCCAAUUCCAUCCUCCUGUGUGGGUAAACUGAACAUAUAACUUCUCUGUAAAUCCCAAAGGCUAAAACAAAAUCCAGAAUAGACAGUUUCUUGAUUAGUCUCUGGUCCCUGGAUUUUAGUACAACUGAUAUAUCCUCAUAUGCGUACGUGCGAUUCUCAACAUCUUGGGAGGCAAUCAGAAGAGAGACAAGAUUAACGUCUUUGCCCUCCAGGAUGCGUCUGUUUUUUUUUUUUUUUUUUUGAUUUGCUGGCACCAUGUGGGCUGGGUUAAUAACGUGAGAUCCUGACCCUGGGUAUACACUAUUACAAGAUUGUGUCUGGGACGGGCCUGGAAGUUCAGUAGCAAAGGACCCUGUUGACGGUAUGGCAAGACUGCAAGCUUCUAGUGUUUCCAGUCUGUCAUUUAUUUUCUCCAUAGAUGACCCGCGUGCUGAUAUCGAGUGGAGAUCGGUGUUACUUGAGCUUACUUGUGCCUUCUCCAGCAUCUGCAUUGUCCGUAUUGGUCCGCAUGAGCCUGAACAGCUCCGCUUUCCUGGCUGUUGCUAGGAAAGGAAUGUUGUGUUUGCGUAGUUCCGCUGUUAUGCGAGAAAUGGUCCAUGACCUGAUAGAAGCAGGGCUAUUUGCCUCACCUUUAUGUGUAGAUGUAGUGGACUGUACUGGGGAUUAACAUGUCGUCGCCUUGUUUGGGGAUUUGAGACAUACUGAAAAUAUAUAGCAAUAUUUAGCUUCGAACUGGAUUGUUUUACAAGCUGGCUAGCUAGUGCCAAAUGGCAAAACAAUUCAUUAGGUUGGUGACAUGUGAGGCCCUACUAGUUGUCAAGUGGCGUGAGAGGCUCUAUCUAUGCGUUGGCGAGAGGGGAUUUGUUGCCACCGUUAGUUGUGGCAGGGUGUUGGCCUCUCGGUGACUCUUAUAGCACAAGAUAGAUUGGGUAUGACAAGUGAGGACCUCUCUGUGCAACUGUGCAAGGCGGCUAUCUAUGUGUUGGCCCGUGGGGCGUAUUACCAUGUGUGGAGGAUGGGUGUUAGCCUCGCGGGACCACUAACUCUAAGGCGGAGAUGCCAGAAAAUAUAAUUUCUAUUGGCCACCUGGAUCCCUAUAAUCCAGUAAAACAUUCUAAUUAAUGGUAUGUAUUACUGUGGAGCUAACGUGGCUAAUAAGGUACUUGGAGUUAAUUCUCAUGCUUGUAAGUUCUGUACAGUAUGGUUGUAACCUAAUAAAGGAAUGAGACAAGGUGUGUGUAUGUGUAUGUGUAUAUGUAUAUAUGUAUAUAUGUAUGUAUAUAUAAUAUUCACUAUUACCAGAACGCAUCAACUACAACUUGUCUCAUUCCUUUAUUAGGUUACAACCAUACUGUACAGAACUUACAAGCAUAAUUUUUUUUUUUUUUUAUAUAUAUAACACUUACCUGACACAGAAAUCUGUGAUUCCCACUAAAGAAAGUAGAGAGGGGAAGGAUAGGCCUAUACAGGUAGUUCCUGACUUUACGAACUAAUUGGUUUUGAAGCCUAGUUCAUAAAGUGAGAACUAAUUUCCCAUAGACCACAAUGUAAUAAACAUAGGUUCCGUUCCUGACCAACAAAUUUUUCCAUUGAAAAUCUUAAUUAUGAAGUACAAAUACAAGAUAAAAGCAUAGCAAAUACAUAUGUUGUAAGAACAUUAAAAGAAUACAUACCAUAUUGAAAUCUUCAUCAAAUCAUCAUCAGUUCUCUUCCUCCUCAACCACAUGUUGCACUUGUUUCUGUUUCCAGCCCCUCCCAGUGUCUCGUUACCCCAUGCCAACCUCUCCAGGUGUCAUUACCCCCAGCCUUUCCAUGUGUCUCAUUCCCCCUCCCAGUGUCUCAUUACCCCCUCCCAGCCCUUCCAGGUGUCUGCUUCUCCCUCUGUGUCUCAUUGCCCCCUCCCCCCCAAGCCCCUCCAGGUGUCCCAUUCCCUCCUUCCAGCCCCAUCCAUGUGUCCCAUUUCCACUCCCAGCCCCAUCCAUGUGUCCCAUUUCCCCUCCUAGCCACAUCCAUGUGACCCAUUUCCCCCCUUCCUUCCCUUUCCAUGUAUCUAUCCUCCCUCCCCUAUUGUACAAUCACUCCCUUCCUACCAAAGACCAUCAUUGUUACUUACCUUCCUCUUCUCCUGGCCACAAACUCUGCUCCUCGGUCUGGGUCCGCGGAGCGCCGCCGGCACAAAAUAAAAUGGCGGCGGGAGUACGUAAAGCGGGAAAUGCCUGUACCUAAAAAUAACAAAGACUGGUAUACAAAUUUAUUUAACAUGAAAGCUAAGGAAAUCCUAAUAGUAAUAACCCCACAUAACAAAACAUCUACUUACUAAAAUUUGAUUCGAGUUCUGAAGAGCAAAUGCUGCUCUGAAUUGAUAACCUCGUAAUCUGUAAAAGAAUAUGACUUAUCUGAAAACGGAUGUAAGCUGGUCCCUAGACAGAGCAGAAAAGUGCAUAUGUGAAAUUUGCAUAGUGUUCCUAGUGAGAUCCACUACCAUUUCUUUUUUUGCAACAAGAAAGUAAAAAAGAAACAAUUCUUUUAAAGAAUGUAGCGCUUAUAAAAUAGACAAAUUAUCACCUUUUUAUGUUCUGUUGGAAGAUAGAUUCUCAUUUAAAUGUCAAAUAAGUAAGUAUAAACAGAGAGCUAUGGACCCAGCUCUGGUUUGAAUCCCUUCUGGGGCCGUAUAGGCGUAUAGAUUCAGCUUGUGGCCCUCGCAGGGAUUCGUUUUUAAAAUGAAUGAAUUCCCCUCCGAAACCCCCCAAUCUAUGCGAAUUAAAUUUUAAGGACACAAAUGCUCUAUACAACCAUAGAGCUUUCGUGCCCACAUAUUCUUAUUUGAAGCAUGCAAACUCAUUCGUGCGUCUAAGCCUAAGAGAACCGUUCGUAUGGAAAGAGCUGAACGGGUUGGUAUCCAUGCCGACGUAUAGCCUGAAAGCUUUCCACGAAAGGAGGCUUGCGUUCAAAAGGUUGAAAACCACAAAUUAAGCCGAAAAACAAGCAUACACUAAUGCAUGAUAAUGAAUAAAAUCAAACCGCGAUGAUGCUGUGGGAGGGCGCCGGCGCGACUGCUUGUCCACAGGAUCGGAAGGUCAGCAGGAGUUUCAGGGUCAAUUGGGCUGCACGGAUGGCAGACAGAGGAGCAGAAAAUCAGUGCAGCAACGGAGCCUGUACUGGAGGGGGAUCCAGAUGGUAUUAACUCCGCCGAGCAGAACCCGGUCACAGCAGAGCAGGAGACAGUAGAAGUUCCACGGACAGGUAAGUAGUGAGAUGGCAGUCUGCAUGUACCGGAAGUAGCAGCAUGCAGAUCGCCAAACCAUUAACGGUAGGGUAGGAAAGGGUGGAGUACCUUAUGUAGGUCACAUAAGCCCCUCCCACAACUCCAGGCAAAGCCUUAACAUUUGUGUUCGGGUCAACAUCGAUAUGGUUAAUGCAAGACUGUUGUAGCGUAACCUAUUACAGGAGAAAGUCGGUUGAGGUGUGCCCGGAACCGACGUUGCAGUAGGCCAGUAUAUAAAAAUGGGCAAAGAGGAAGAAAUACAAUGGCGUUGUAGAUUUAUUGAGAUAAUGAACAUAAUGCAAAGUAAAUUACUUUACGAUUAUAUUUUAACAAAAGCCUUCCGCUUGACUAGAUAGGAACUUUUAAGGCAAUCGUGGGAGUUGUUUCUGCUGUUGAUGGUAAAUUCCUGUGUCCUAAGAAAACCAUAAAACGCCAGGUAAAUAGCGGUAUUGAUGACUGUUAGUGAUGUGUUCAAAAGGGGCUGAGUCUAGUAAGUUGGACAUGUUUUUGAAUAAUUUACAUAUAAAUAAAUAAAUAAAGCAUUGAAAGUCAUGUUUCAGUGUUUGCAGAUGCUCAAAACUCUGUAAAGUAGUACAAUGUAAGCAAGAUAUUACUUUGCUGCAGAGGGAUUUAGAUAGACUGGGGGACUGGGAACUCAAAUGGCAGAUGAAAUUUAAUUUUGAAAAAUGCAAAGUUAUGCACUUCGGUGUAAAGAAUGCACAAGCAAUUUAUACCCUUAAUAGAAGCGAAUUAGGGAGAACAACACACGAAAAGGACUUGGGAAUUGUUAUACAAACUAUGCAACAAUGUGCAAUGUCAAUCCGCAGUGGCCAAGGCCAGUAAGUUAUUGUCAUGCAUUCAUUCUUGGAAUGAGAAUAUCAUUUUGCCUCUUUAUAAAUCACUGGUAAGACCACAUCUUGAAUAUGCUGUGCAAUUUUGGGCACCUGUUCUAAAGAAGGACAUUAUGGCACUAGAAAAAGUGCACAGGCAAGCUAAAAAAUUAAUAAAAGGAAGGGUACAUUUCAACAAUGAAGAAAGGUUAAUGAAUGUCAGAGGGGAUAUGAUAAUAUAUAAAUAUAUCCAGGGCCAAUACAACCCAUUGUGUGGAAAUCUAUUCACAAACCGGACCACCCUGCAACUAAAGAAACCACACGCGGCUAAUCCGGUCACGCACACGUGGAACCCAGCAACAUCCACUGCAUUCGUCCCUCGGAAGGCCUUCUUGGACACCUAUGCGGCUGCCACAACCUGAGGCCUCUUGGCACUUAUUGGGACCAUCCCCUCGUGACUUCAUGUAACACCAUUGACCGGGACUGUAUAUAGUUAUAUAGUUGUAUUGUUCAUGUUGCCUUAUGGAGUCCCUCCAUAACCAUCUUGCUUUUAUACUUUUUUUUUUUUUUUUUAUAUAUAUCUCUCAACCGGCUGUCUCCUUUUUUUUAUUUUUAUUGUUACUCUUUUGUUCCUCAUAUCCCACUCUCAUAGCCAAGGGGCUGACACUAGGAGGACAUAUAGUACAGCCGACACUAGUUGAGCCACUCAGUAGAGGGCCGGAUCACAGAGCGACAUCUACCGCUCCUCCUCCUCCCCCCGAGCUCAGGGAUACAGAGCACUAUACGCAGCAUACAUUGACAGCUACUAACUCUAGGAACCUUUAACACUACAGACAUGCGACUUACCCUUCUAGAUUUAAAAUCUCAAGUUUUAUAUAGGUUAGUUCAGUUGUUUUUUCUUGCAUAAUUAAAAAAAAAAAUGGGCACAACAUACAUAUCACUUAUGCGAACCUUGACUUUAUGAUUGUAAACUAUAAUCUAUUGCAACUGCAUGAACCCUAUGCCCGCAAAAAUAAAGAAUUUAAAAAAAUUAUUUUAAAAAUCUGCACCCAAACCAAAUCGUCACAGAAUAAAAGGAUUUUGAUUUGUAUAUUGAUGAAACACAUUUUCUCACAGGUCUAUACUGCUGUUUUUUUUGUUUGUUUUUUAUAUAUGUUUAUUUUUUUGCAUUAUUUAUGUAGGCUUGCCUGGAUAGGAACCCAGAAGCUUUUAAACCUAAAAUUGGAAAGGGAAAGGAAGGAGAAUCUGACAGGCGACACAGUAAAGGCUGCAACUGCAAGCGUUCAGGAUGUCUUAAAAACUAUUGUGAAUGCUAUGAGGUAAGAGGAUUAUGUUUGUGUAGGUGGGCUCUGGGAGAGUCUGGUCAUCAAGCACUUUGCAAGGCCAUUUCCUUCUGUCAUUAAAUGGUUGUCAUGACCCUAAGAAAAAGUUAUUUAUUACAUAUUUAUGUAUAAGCGAAUGCCUUUGGGCCUUUAUCUCUUUACUGUCAUAAUAGCGUAUGUCUCUGCUAACAACUCUUUAAUUUUUCAUAAUGUUUUUUUAGGCUAAAAUAAUGUGCUCCUCUAUAUGCAAGUGCAUAGGCUGUAAAAAUUUUGAAGAGAGCCCAGAACGCAAAACAUUAAUGCAUCUUGCGGAUGCAGCAGAAGUGAGAGUCCAGCAGCAAACUGCAGCCAAGACAAAGUUGUCUUCACAGAUAUCUGACCUGCUCACAAGGCCUUCUCCUUCACUAAGCAGUGGAGGCGGAAAGUAAGUUAUCUUUGGAUGAAUGGUUAUCUAUACAGUGUUUGCUAUAUUUAUAUGUAAGUUUUACUUUCUAGCAAUGCAACAUGCUGUGUCCCAGGAAACCUUGGAAAUUCAUUUAUUUAAUAUUAUUUAUUUAAGGCUCCCAGCUAGUCUUCUAUGAACACUCCCAAAGAUCCACUUGUACCAACUUCAUAGAUAAAUUCUAUCAUACUUCAUAUAUGAACUCAAACCUGCUUCUCCAAAAAAAUAAUGUAACUGUUCUCACUCUCACUAAACAGAUGGUCAGAUUAUUCCAGCCUUCAAGCGGAUCUGCCUUGUUCCAUCACAAGCGUUGAAUCAAUGCAUCUCUAUGGGGAGUGUUUAGCCGCUGAAUGUCAGUGCUGCACACUGUGCAGCAGUGACACAGGAAACACCUCUACUAGCCAUCAAAGUGAUUGCCACUUGAGGUGUCACUAGUAAUGUAAACACUGCUCUUUCUCUGAAGAGGCAGAGAUGUGCAUUAAAAAGCCUGCAGGGACACCGUAAUUUAAGCCUAAUGUUACAUAUUACCACCCUCACACGACACACAUCACCGACAUGAUACUGUCUGUUAUGAUUGUUUUUUUGUUUUUUGGGGGUUUUUUUUUUUAAAGAGUGCGAUGUUCUCAAAAGCCAAGUACCUGAUACCCAAUGUUCUACAAUAAUCUUUCUGUAGACCUCUGCUUGGUCAAAAUGCCUUUACUGUUAUCGAAUGCACUAUAAAAAUAAAGAAUUUAAAAAAAAAAAAGCCUGCAGGUACAUGCCAUAGACACUAGAACAUUUACAUUAAGCUGUAGUUCUGGUGACUAAAGUGUCUUUUUAACUUCUGAUUGAAAGUAAAACUAUUUCAUGAUGCAGGCUGUCAAUCAUAGCCAGGGGAUGUGUGUUUAGGGCUGCAUCAACCAAAACAAAAGUGAUUUGACUCCUAACUGGCAGGGAAUUGAGCAGUGAGUCUACAGCGGCUUGAUUUGUACACCAGAACUGCUUCGUUAAAGGACCACUCUAGGCACCCAGACCACUUCAGCUUAAUGAAGUGGUCUGGGUGCCAGGUCCAGCUAGGGUUAACCCAUUUUUUUUUAUAAACCUAGCAGUUUCAGAGAAACUGCUAUGUUUAUUAAUGGGUUAAGCCUUCCCCCAAAGCCUCUAGUGGCCUCUCAUUGACAGCCACUAGAGGCGCUUGCGUGCUUCUCACUGUGAUUUUCAGUGAGAGCACGCAAGCAUCCAUAGGAAAGCAUUUAGAAUGCUUUCCUAUGCGACCGGCUGAAUGCGCGCGCAGCUGUUGCCGCGCGUGCGCAUUCAGCAGACAGGGCGGAACGGAGGAGGAGGAGAGAAGGAGGAGAGCUCUCCGCCCAGCGCUGGAAAAAGGUACGUUUUUACCCCUUUCCCCCUUCCAGAGCCGGGCGGGAGGGGGACCCUGAAGAUGGGGGCACCCUCAGGGCACUAUAGUGCCAGGAAAACGAGUAUGUUUUCCUGGCACUAUAGUGGUCCUUUAAGCUAAAGCUGUUUUGAAGUCUAUAGAUACUACCGCUACAACGUUAGCUUAAUGAAGUUGUUUUGCUUUAAGCUAAAGUUGUUUGGAUGCCUAUAGUAUUCCUUUAACAAAGGAUGCAGAGCUUGAUUAACGCUCCUCCCUUUGUUAACCUACAUGUUCCCUACUUUUCCUUGUAUAUAACUUUCAAAUAGUCAUUAUUUUACAAAAACAGGACAGUCCAGGGGAACAAAAUGCAUCAUUUAAAGGGACUCUUCAUAAACCUAAAGCACUUUAGCUUGCUGAAAAGCUUUGUGUGAAGAGUGUGUUAUCUUUAUUUAAUUUUGCAAAAAGUACAGAUUUCCAUAAAACUAACCUGGUUAUACCCCCUUGGUUUUUAAUCAGACAACGGGUCCUGUUACUUCCUGGUUUGGUUAUCUCAUUGGAACUAAACUCAAGAGGCCGCAAUAGCCCAGAGCACCUGCCUUGCAAAAACAUUUCAUUAAGCUGAAUUGGGAAGUCUGUGAUUGGACAUCUACAGAAAGUCUAGGCAGGGUUAGAAGGGGAGAGAUUGCCAAGGCAGAAUUGCAACUCUUACAAACUGUUUUUAGAUAUUCUUCAAAGAAAAAAAAUACAUAAUUACAUGCAUGCAAGUUUUUAAUUGGAGUAUAGCUACUAAACAGUGAUUUUUAUUUAUUUUGUAUUUGAACAAUGGAGUGUCCCUUUAACUAACAAAAAAUUAUAUAUAUUUAGAUUCAUGGGAAUAAUAUUGGGAUUUUAAAAUGUCCAAUUACUAUCCAACAUAUUCACAUAACUCCUGCAUUUGGUAUCUGUAAUCUUUAUGAAUCUCACUUGCAAAGAGCUAUGUAUCCAGAGAUAGCAUGCGUUUGUUAAUUUAGGAAACGUGUGUAUUAGUCAGUCUAACAUUAAGUUAUCCUACAAAGGUUUUAAAGUUUUAAGCAUGAUUUUCUUUUUUUUCCUUUUUUUUAAUUCUUUAUUUUAGUAGUGCAUAUAGUAUACAUGUAUGCUUGCAUAGCCACAACAGCUGGUGCAGGCUAGACAUAAACAUAGAAAAAACAGUUGUAUACAUGAGUAUAAGAACAGGCUAAGUCUGAAGCUGCUAUGGUGGGUUAUGUAGGUUGAGUUAUGGUUCAUUUCAACGUUGUUACACAUAGCCCUACAGCAUAUGAAAAAGGUGUGCUUUGCUACCUGUUUGGUACAUGGUUAAGCUAGUGGUGUUAGCUAAGGCUGAAUAAUUACAAUGGGUUAGUUAGUGUGUUCAAGUUUAGUAAAAUUUAUUAUGUUCUCAGGUGUCAGCGCAGCUCUUGGAUUGCCACCAAAAUACCCGCUGCAAAGGACAGCUGGUUGGCAUAACUAAGGGGUAGAGAGUUUACCACUAGGAGGGAGGGCCCCAGUAUUGGUGUCCUUAGUGAGGUGUGCCCUCAUCGCUGGCAUGGAGAAGUGGCCUAAACAGUUAAUCGUAAAGCAUAACAUAAAAGUAUUAAAGUAACACCAAAUGUCAGGGAAAAACAAUAAAAACUUCAACAUUUGUAGAUAGAAACUAUAUGAGGCAUGGAGUGAUUGACUCAUCUGUAGUAUCAAGAGUCCCGGUCAGCCAACCCCCGCAAAAGGUAUACCACAGUCCCACUCUGGUGCCUUUGUGAGUCUUGGUCUUGGUCGCAGCGUGUGCUCAGGGGGCGCCCCGUGUUUUGGUUGUGGGACGUUGUUGGGCUAACCUGGUGUUGCCGCCAUUUUGGGCCCUGUGCCUCGCCAUCUCCACUCCCGGUCUAGUGUCACUCCCUUCUGAGGUGAGGUGAGUCCCGUCUGGGAAGCCUUCUGCUUGCCCGUGUGCCUCCUGCUCCGAGGUCCUCCGCACUUCCGUGCCCUGUCUGCCGUCGAGUAGCACAGACCGUGAGCCGGUCUAGGCCCAGAGGGUCCUCUUCGUGUCUGUAAGUGUCGCUGCGAUAUAUGCCUCUUCUGACUGUGUGGAGCACGGUGUCGGUCUUUGCCGGAUCGACGGUGGGGCGGGAAGGCAGGCUUGCAUUGGUGCCCUGUUUGGUUGAGGGCGUUUGGCGGCUGCGCGGAUGCCGGUUCGCUUGAUGGGAGUGGGUGAGUGAUGCUCGCCUUGUAGAAGUGGGUGGUCGUGGUGAGGCAAGUUGAUUUGGCUUACCCACCAGCUUCCUCCAGAAUGCCUCGAAGUGGUUGUUUAUUCGAGUGAGGAUAUCUUGUGAGGUGUCACUGGGGUUGUAAGCACAUUUUGUGUCCGCCAUCUUAGGGAGGUCUCCGUUUACUGUCUUUGGUGGUGUUCCCCUUCUCAUCAUGCUCAGGGUCGCCACCCCAGGGUGGACCGGGAUCACCCCCGCCGGUCCGAGGGGUGCGGUGGGCAGCUUCAGGGUGCCUCCAGGACAGGGGAGCGGCUGCCUCCCCCACCCGUUGCAGACCAGGCCGCAGUGUCGGUCGUGAUUUCAUCAGGCCCCAAUCAAGUCGCAUAAGAGCCCAUUGUGUGCCCUCCAUCGUGGGUGGCAUGUGGGUGCCUGGAAAUGCUGUUUGUGUUGCUUGGGUGAGCAGAUUUUUGUUUGUUUUGUCAGGAUUUUGUGGGAGCUCAUGGAAAACACGACUCUCCGCCAUGAUGGUCAGGCCCCGCCCCUGCAUGAUUUUCUUUUUACCUGGUUUAGUUCAAAAUGCAAUUCAAUAGUAAUACUAGUCUUGUAAUUUUUUCCAUAUACAUUGAUUUGAACAAAUGUUUUGUUUGUUUUUAGGCUCCCCUUCACAUUCAUCACAAAGGAAGUUGCUGAAGCCACUUGUGAAUGCCUCCUCGCCCAAGCCGAACAGGCAGAGAAACAAUCUAAAACCACGGCCGCAACUGAAAGAAUGAUCCUAGAGGAGUUUGGACGCUGUCUAAUGAGAGUGAUUAAUUCUGCCGGCAAAGCAAAAAGCGACCCUUGCCCAAUGAGUUGCUAAGUGUAACUUUCAGCACGGAAAAACAGGGGAAAAAAACAGAACUUCCUUUGGCUAUGCAGGUGGCAUGGGAUUUAAUGCAUAGACUUACUGCCAGAGAUUAAUUGAGGACUCCAGCCUUUACUCUGUCCAGAAGAUGUCACAGAAUUACUAAAUGGUGCUGGUUUUAAAGUGACUUUCUACAUUGUAUAUAAGAUAGAAGAUGUAAUUUUAUGGAAAAAUUACCUUUUAAAUUCAAUAGUUAACACACUCCCAAAUCCUGUACAUAUGACGAUACCUUAAUGGUGAAUUUAUAUUUUGGGUUUUUGUGUUCACCUCCCGCUUUGCUUGUUGUGUAGUUGUAAUAUUUUAUUUAUUUCUCCCCAGUUUUUCGUUCUAGUCUGGCCAUUAAUAAUUUGGUGCAUUUGUCUAGUUAGGGAGACACAAAAUAUACCUUUGGAGAUUUUGUAUAAAGAAAAAAAGGCAUUGUGCAUAACUUUGAUCUCCAGAUAAUUUAGUGAUGUAAAAAGGUGGUAUUUUUUUUUUUUAAUUUUUUUUUUUAAUUUUUUUUUAUUUAAAUGGAAGAUUUUAAUACGGGCUAUUUUAAGUAGGAUACUAAACUCCUGAAACUUAUUUGAUAAGUUAAAAAAAUAAUCACAUGUAGAAUAUGUGAAAGGACAUAUUUUAAAAAUGUAGGCAAGCACGAACAGGAACCCCUUUUUUAACCAGAGGUUGCGGACUUCUCGGUUGGUCGUUUCACUGCCCUUGCAUGUCCGCUUCUUACUAGCAAUCUGUUUUGUAUUAUUGUUCCUGAUCAUAUUCCAAUCAGGGCUUAGCAAACUAAAAAUAUGUGAAUUUGUUUAUGUUUUAGUGACUAUAUAAAUAUAAAAAAAUAUAUUUUUUUUACAGAGGUUACUAAAAUUGCAAAUAACAUAGGAGGACAUAGAUAUUGCGAUGGUAUGUCUCAGACAGUUUUCUAAUAAUUAUUCUAUUGGAAUGGAUAUCUGAAAAUAAUAUUUCUGGGUCACUCAUUCCGUGGUUUGCAUCUCAUUUCUUCAGUGAGACACUGAUCUGUUUUACUGUCCUUGUAAGCUAUUAGGUGGACAUAUAUGGUUAUAAUUUCAGCCUGAUAAAUUGGGGGGGGAGGGGAUGUAUGCCUAAAAGGUUUUAUCCAUCUUAGCUUUUGACAGCAAGCCUGUAAAUGACAAAUCAGAAGGCAAAAAACAACAACCUCAACACUUGUAUGUUGCCAAUACUAAAAUGUGUUCUAUAGGUUAAACCAGUGGUUCCCAAACUUUUUAGGUUCAAGGCGCCCUUAAUAUUUCAAUAUUUUUCCAAGGCGCCCCUAGUAAAAAAAAUAAAAAAAUAAAUGUCUAGGUUGUAUACAUGUACAGCACUGCGGCAUAUUAGUGGUUAUGGUGCCAGGAGUGCUGUGGUGUAGUAACCCCUCACCCCCCCACACACAAUCGACCCCUGCCCGCUGCAGCAUUACACUGCUAGCGGGCCAGUGAGGGAGAUCCGGUCCUGCUGAGCCUGCAGGGGAGAGGGAGGCACAGAUCCCGGUGCUUCGGUUAUAGCACCAGGAAAAUUUCUUGCGACGCCACAGGGCACCGCAACACACAGUUUGGGAAUCACUGGGUUAAACUAUACUUAGCUCAACGUGGGGAGGAUAAUGUUCUAAUUACAUUGUGUAAAUUAUCUUUUCUUGAAUAUUUUCCCACUUUCUUUUAAGUUUUUAUAAAACCCCUAUAGAGUGUGCUUAUCUUUUAUUCAUCUCUUAAUCAGGUUUUGUGUAUAUACAUAAUAAAUAUAGCCAACAUGGACUUCCUCUGGGUACUCGGCAAUGUCAGCGAGUUAGACAUUUGAUCUUCUCAACUUUUUGGCAUUUAAAACAUUCAGUUGAGUUAAUCAGUUUGAUGAAAUUCCUGACUUUGAUUGGCUACUGGCAUGAUAUGUUUUGAGCAGCAACUUGUCCCCUUCUCAUCCUAGCCAGGCAUCCUCAUCUCUAAAAUAUGUUGAGAUACUAAAGUCAUAACUAAAGCUAACUUUACUGUGACUUAUGCAUACAUAAAUAUAAUUUUAAACUUAAUUAUAUAAAGAGAAUAGCAGGCGACAGUCACUUUUAAUGUAUAUUAAAACACAGUUGCUUAAAGAAAUGAUGCAGCUUUUCAUGCAAUGGAAAAUAUAUUGGUUUAUUUACUUCCCAUUUCGUCUAGUCCAUACUUGGACUUUCAUCUUCAAAAACCGCAAUACAUAUAAUACUUUGGCUUUUUCUUCCUGGUCCAUGCACCCAAAUCUGUUUUACUGGCACUGAUCUUUUGCAUCCUUAAUAUACAGAAUUAAUAGAACUUCACCGUAUAACAGCACAUUAGUGAUUUUAAAGUGUGGCAUAUUCUGGUUACAGAAUUGUGAAAUUUGUUGAAAUUCACUAUAUGCUCAGAUGAAAAGUAUAUGGUUUCUUUACAGCUCCAGCAAGAUUUUAAAUGGAAAAACUGGGUGGAAAAUUAAUGUCCUUUUCAAAAAGAGAAACCUUUUAACAGUAGUUGGUCAGUUUUAGAUUUCACCAUUUAAAAAUGCUUUCUGACAAUUCUUGGGCAUGUAGAAGAAGCUUCUCUUAAUGAAGAUUCCCCAUCUUCAGCUUGGUUGGACUGUAAGCUAUUGUCAGGAAUGGGAAUUUGGGAGUUGAACUUCAUUCAGGAGGGGUACAGUUUGACCUAUAAAGGUAUUUUGGAGUCCUGGUAUACAAUUAAUCUAAUUUAACCUCUUUAAUAUACGUACUCUUGGAUUCUUUCAGAUGUUUGGCAAACACUCUUCUUGUUGACUAAUCUUUCCUUGCAGCAAGAAGGCUUACUGAGAAGGAGAUUUUCUGAGAUCAGAGAAUUUGCCAUCUUAAGAUUUCCACAUUACUGCUUCUUCACGUUGUGCUCAAUCUUUGGUAUAGUGGGUUCUAAAAUAGAACUUUAUUUCCAAGGUUCCACUAGACUAGGCAUAGGCAACCUCCGGCACUCCAGAUGUUUUGGACUACACCACCCACGAUGCUUAGCCAGCAUUAUGGGUGUAAGAGCAUUAUGGGGUAUGUAGUCCACAACAUCUGUAGUGCCGAAGGUUGCUUGUCCCUGCACUAGACUGUGAUCAUGUACAUCACACCAAGCUGCAAUAUGGAGAUCUAAAUUCCCAACCACACUCCAUCAGAUCAGAGCCCCUAACCACAGCUGGGUCCCUGUUCUUAAAACCAGCACUGUAUGUAACCCAAUUCUUAAAGAAGCAUUUUUUUUUUUUUUUUGUAUGUACUUACUAAAGCAAAUAACAUGCCUAAUGUUAAAAAUGUUAGGUGUCAAAAAUUGCCUUUGAGGCAAACUGGCCUUACUGCACUCUCUCAGCAAACAUCAGCCUGUUUAAAAGGAAAUUGGCGCGGUUAGAAUAAAAAAACCUUUUUAAUAUGUUUUCAGUACAGUAACUUGUAUAUAGUGUUCACUGUCCAGUAAUAAUGUAUAAAUGUAAAUUAGUCAAAGUAGACAAAAUCUAAUUACGUAAUUUCUGUAGUCCGAUUUCAAAGUUUGUGUACUCGCCCACCACCACCACCACUUUUACGUUUUGGUGAAUAGGAGCUGUCGAUGUUGUACAUAUUGCUUUGCUAUUCUUUUGCACCUUUUUGUGAUGUGUAUUUAUAUUUUUGUGCAGGAAAAUGUGAAUUUUCGACUUCAAUUGUAGAUUAUGUACAAUGAAACUAAAACUCUGUUCUGGCUUGUAAAAACAAAAAAUUAAAAAAAGGUUCAAUGAAAUGGCUUUCCCAAGGUUUCAAGAUUAAAAAAAAUAUAUAUAUUAUUAAUCUACAAUUGAUCAAGCUGUUGCUGCUGUGAUAUAGUCUGAAAAUUGCAUUUGGAGGGGUGUUUACCAGGACAACAGAAACUUUGCUCUAGGGGCAGUGCAGUUUGAUGAGUUCCAUCUUUUAAAGUAUAACGCUUGCUUAUUUUUUAUGUAAUGUAAGCAGUCUAUUUUGUAUGCAUUUGCAUCAAACCGCUAAAUGAGAAUUGUGGGUUUGUAGAUUUGAGUUUGUUCAACCUAAUUUUUUUUUUUAUUAUUAUUAAAAUGCUUGGGUGACAGUGAUUUUUUUUUUAUUUUUUUUUCCUAGAUCCGUUUACAUCUAAAAGUAGAAUAACAGACAAAAUUUAUAUUUACUAGGACUAUUAAAAGAAUCUUUCUAUAUUGUACAAAGUCAGAUAAAUCAGAAGAAAUAAACAUUUAUACUAUUCUAUAGUAAUGUUUUCUUGUAUUCUUGUACACGUCCAAUGAUUCAUCAUAAAUGGUGAUUUCAGUUAUUGCUACAAAUUGGU